AAAAACUAUUGCCUGGUUUGCUGGCGACGAGCGGUCCAGGCCAAAAAUGGACCAGCAGAGCGGGCAGAGAGCGUCUGGGCCGAGUGUGGGCAGCAAAGUUGCCUAACAGCCAAUACACAUAAACACACACGAACACCGUGAAAGAAAACACUCUCUCACAGACACACACACACACACAUACAGGCCCAGUUUAAGCCAAGUUUGAAGUCGCAACGAAGAUCGGCAGUGGCUUUAAGCUCUUUCACAUUUCAGUUCGUUUUCAGCGCGCGUGCGGUGCGGUUCUCUCUACCAACGGGUCUCCUACGAAGUGUGUACAGUGUGUACCGAGCACCGAGUGUAUACCAGCCUGUGUGUGUGCACAGAGACAGUGUUACCUGUGUGUUGGCGGAUACCCAGCUGCAGACGCUGCUGCCUGAGCGCAUAAUCUAAGCAACAAAUAUUUAUUGAAUUGCAGUGAAAGUUUGCGUCAGGCGUCUGUUAAUUGUUUCAAUUUUACCUUGUGAAAAUUCCAAAAAACCAAACGCGCGCAAACCAAUCAAAAGUGUUCCAAGAAAAGCGUGAAAUAUCGUUAGAUCCCAGCAAAUAAGAAAUAUAUCCAGUGUGUGCCUGUGUAUCUGUGUGUUUCUUUUGACGGCAAAUCGCUUUUGGCAGCUGCUACGGCAGCAAAAGCCAAGCCAAAAGAAGAAAAAAGCCAACGCUUUUUGCUGGCGUCGAUCUUCGUUUGGCAGCUGUUGGCAGUAUGAACUGAUUUUGGCCGCCAGUUGAUGAAUAAAAUGCAAAAAUGAAAAUAUUUUUGCCACUAGUCACGUGGAUAGUGCUACUACUCUCGAGUGCAGUACAUUCACAAUAUUCACAACAACCGCAACGUAUCCAGACAAAUUUGAGAAAGAACAGUCGAUUUCGUGGCGAGGUAUUCUUCCUGAAUCUCGAGGAUGGCUACUUUGGAUGCCAGGUCAACGAGUCGACAGACUAUUUGCAAUUAUACGAACUAUCGAAACUAUGCGACGGCAAUCAAGACUGCUAUCUUGGUUCCGAUGAGCAAAACAAAGAGCUCAAAUGCACAAAUGACUGUGAUAAGGACGGCACAGUGUGCACACAUGGCGCGUGUUUGAAUGGCGUCUGCCAUUGCAACGAUGGCUAUGGCGGCUGCAAUUGCGUUGACCUAGAUGAGAACGAAUGCAAACAGCAUCCAUGCGAUGUGUUUGCCCAUUGCACAAACACAUUGGGCAGCUAUACGUGUACCUGCUUUCCGGGCUAUCGUGGCAAUGGUAUUCAUUGUGAAGACAUUGACGAAUGCCAAGAUCCCGCGAUAGCAGCGCGAUGCGUGGAGAAUGCCGAGUGCUGUAAUCUGCCGUCGCACUUCCUGUGCAAGUGCCACGAUGGGUACGAGGGCGAUGGUGAAGUGCUCUGCACGGAUGUGGACGAGUGCCGCAAUCCGCAGGCCUGUCCCCCGAAUGCCCAGUGCAUCAAUACGCCUGGCAAUUACACCUGUGCCUGUCCCGAGGGCUUUGUGGGUACCGAUCCCUACAAGGACUGUCAGGACGUGGACGAGUGCACAUAUCCGAAUGUCUGCGGACCCGGUGCCAUAUGUACGAAUCUCGCGGGCAGUUAUCGCUGCGACUGCCCGACGGGAUACGACGGCGAUGGACGCGCCGACCAAGGAUGCGUGGACCAGGACGAGUGUGCUCGAUCUCCCUGCGGCCGCAAUGCCAACUGUUUGAAUAAUGAUGGCAGCUUCCGCUGCCUGUGCCCCGAUGGCUACAGCGGGGAUCCCAUGCAUGGCUGCGAGGAUGUCGAUGAAUGCGCCACUAACAAUCCAUGCGGUUCGGGUGCUGAAUGCGUGAACAUGGGCGGUAGCUAUCAAUGUCGUUGUCCCCUCGGCUUUGUCCUCGAGCACGAUCAGAACGCAGAGCCACCUGUUGACCUACUGCCACUGGGCUAUGGCCAAGGGGACGCCGACAGCCAGACGGCGGUGGUCGCUGUCGCAUCGGGCGCGGGCUUAGCCUGCCUGGACAUCGAUGAGUGCAACCAGCCGGAUGGUGUGGCCAAGUGUGGCACCAACGCCAAGUGCAUUAACUUUCCGGGCUCGUAUCGAUGUCUGUGCCCGAGUGGAUUCCAAGGACAGGGCUAUUUGCAUUGCGAGAACAUCAACGAGUGUCAGGACAAUCCGUGCGGCGAGAAUGCCAUCUGCACGGACACCAUCGGCAGCUUCGUGUGCAACUGCAAACCGGACUACACCGGCGACCCGUUCCGCGGCUGCGUGGACAUUGACGAGUGUGCUGCCCUGGACAAACCCUGCGGACAGCAUGCUCAGUGCGAGAACACCAAUCCUGGAUACAACUGCAAGUGUCCGCAGGGCUACGACGGCAAGCCGGAUCCAAAGGUGGCCUGCGAGCAGGUGGAUGUGAAUAUCCUGUGCCGCAGUAACUUUGAUUGCACCAACAAUGCGGAGUGCAUUGAGAACCAGUGCUUCUGCUUGGACGGCUUCGAGCCCAUUGGCGCCAGUUGUGUGGACAUCGACGAGUGUCGCACCCAUGCAGAGGCCUGCGGACAGCAUGCCCAGUGCCUGAACACACCCGGCUCGUACCGGUGCGACUGUGAGGCCGGCUAUGUGGGCAGUCCCCCGAGAAUGGCCUGCAAGCAGCCGUGCGAGGAUGUACGCUGUGGGCCGCAUGCCUACUGCAAGCCGGACCAGAACGAGGCCUACUGCGUCUGCGAGGAGGGAUGGACCUACAAUCCCAGCGAUGUGGCCGCCGGCUGUGUGGACAUUGACGAGUGCGAUGUGCUGCACGGACCCUUUGGCAGUUGUGGCCAGAAUGCCACCUGCUCCAACACCGCUGGCGGCUACUCGUGCGCCUGUCCGCCUGGAUACUCGGGCGAUCCGCACAGCAAGUGCGUGGAUGUGGACGAGUGCCGGACGGGCGGUAAGUGCGGAUCGGGUGCCGAGUGCGUGAAUAUGCCCGGCGGUGGCUACACCUGUCGCUGUCCCGAGCACACCAUUGCCGAUCCCGAUCCCAGUGUGCGCUGCGUACCCAUCGUGAGCUGCACCACCAGCGAGAAUUGCCCCGGAAAUGCCAUCUGUGAUGAAACGAAGCGUUGCCUCUGCCCGGAGCCGAACAUCGGCAACGAUUGCCGGCAUCCGUGUGAAACGCAGGACUGCGGAGCCCAUGCCCAGUGCAUGCUGGCCAAUGGCCAGGCGCAGUGCCUCUGCGCACCCGGCUAUACCGGAAAUGCUGCGCUACCCGGCGGCUGCAACGACAUCGACGAGUGUCGGGCCAAUCCCUGUGCGGAGAAGGCCAUUUGCACGAACACAGCGGGUGGCUAUCUGUGCCAGUGCCCAGGCGGUUCAUCGGGCGACGCUUACCGCGAGGGCUGUGCCACGUCCAAGAGUGCGGGCUGCUCCGACGCGAAUCCCUGUGCGGCUGGCGAGAGCUGCGUGCAGGAUUCGUACACGGGCAACAGUGUCUGCAUUUGCCGGCAGGGCUACGAACGCAGUGCGGAGAGCGGCCAGUGCCAGGACCUAGACGAGUGCUCCGCGGCGCGCGGCAAGCCAGCCUGUGGACUGAAUGCGCUGUGCAAGAAUCUGCCUGGCAGCUACGAGUGCCGCUGCCCGCAGGGCCACACCGGCAAUCCCUUCAUCAUGUGCGAGAUCUGCAGCACCGCAGAGUGCCAGUGCCAGGCGCCGUACAAGCUGCUGGGCAACAGCUGCGUGCUCGCGGGCUGCUCCAGUGGCGGCCAGGCCUGCGCCAGUGGCGCGGAGUGCAUCUCGAUUGCCGGUGGCGUGAGCUACUGUGCCUGUCCCAAGGGUUACCAGACGCAGCCGGACGGCACCUGUGCGGAUGUCAACGAGUGCGAGGAGCGCGGCACGCAGCUCUGUGCCUUUGGGGCUCAGUGCGUGAACCAAGCCGGAGGCUACACCUGCCACUGCCCCGAGGGCUACCUGGGGGAUGCCUACAACGGACUCUGUGCUCCGGCCCAGCGGAAGUGCGCGGCGGACAAGGAGUGCGCCAGCAAUGAGAAGUGCAUCCAGCCGGGCGAGUGCGUCUGCCCGCCGCCCUACUUCCUCGAUCCGCAGGACAACAACAAGUGCAAGAGCCCCUGCGAGCGAUUCCCGUGCGGCAUCAAUGCCAAGUGCACGCCCUCGGAUCCCCCGCAAUGCAUGUGCGAGGCGGGCUUCAAGGGCGAUCCCCUGCUCGGCUGCACGGACGAGGAUGAGUGCGCCCAUCUGCCAUGCGCCUACGGCGCCUACUGUGUCAACAAGAAGGGCGGAUACCAAUGCGUAUGCCCCAAGGGAUUCACCGGAGACCCGUACAAGAGCGGCUGCAUCUUCGAGAAUGGAACGCCGAAGAGCAAGUGCCUCAGCAACGAGGAUUGCGCGAGUAAUUUGGCCUGCCUCGACGGCAGUUGCCUGAGUCCCUGUGCCAGUCUGCUCUGCGGAUCGAAUGCCUACUGCGAGACGGAACAGCAUGCGGGAUGGUGUCGCUGUCGCGUUGGUUUCGUCAAGAAUGCCGAUGGCGAGUGCGUCUCCCAGUGCCAGGACGUGAUCUGCGGCGAGGGAGCGCUGUGCAUACCCACCAGCGAUGGACCCACCUGCAAGUGUCCGCAGGGACAGCUGGGCAAUCCCUUCCCCGGCGGCAGCUGCAGCACGGAUCAGUGCACAGCCUCCCGGCCGUGCGACGAGCGUCAGAUCUGCAUCAAUGGCCGCUGCAAGGAGCGUUGCGACGGCGUCGUCUGCGGCAUUGGAGCCACCUGCGACAAGAACAAUGGCAAGUGCGUCUGUGAACCGAACUUUGUCGGCAAUCCGGACCUGCUGUGCAUGCCGCCCAUCGAGAUGGCCAAGUGCUCGCCAGGCUGCGGAGACAAUGCCCACUGCGAGUACGGACUGGGACAGAGCCGAUGUGCCUGCAAUCCGGGCACCUAUGGCAAUCCCUACGAGGGCUGCGGCGCCCAGAGCAAGAACGUCUGCCAGCCGAAUAGCUGUGGCCCCAACGCCGAGUGUCGCGCUGUGGGCAACCACAUAACGUGCCUCUGCCCGCAGGGCUUUAGUGGCAAUCCGCAUGUGGGCUGCCAGGACGUGGACGAAUGCACCAACAAGCCGUGCGGCCUGAAUGCCGCCUGCCUCAACACAGCCGGUGGAUUCGAGUGCUUGUGCCUCUCGGGCCAUGCCGGAAAUCCCUACAGCAGCUGCCAGCCCAUCGAGAGCAGGUUCUGCCAGGAUGCCAACAAGUGCCAGUGCAACGAGCGAACGGAGUGCCCCGAUGGCUACAGCUGCCAGAAGGGACAGUGCAAGAACCUGUGUUCCAAGGCGGCCUGUGGACCGCGUGCCAUCUGCGAUGCUGGGAAGUGUCUCUGCCCCUUGGGCUACAUCGGCGAUCCGCACGAUCUCAGCGAGGGUUGCAGCGUGCGCGGACAGUGUGGCAACGAUGCCGACUGCCGGCACACGGAGAUCUGCUUCCAGCUGGGCCGGGGUCUGCGCAAGUGCGUGGAUGCCUGCUCGAAGAUCCAGUGCGGUCCCAAUGCCCUCUGUGUGGCCGACGAUCAUCGUUCGUCGUGCAUCUGCUCCGACGGUUACUUUGGCAAUCCGAGCAAUCUUCAAGUGGGCUGCCAGCCGGAACGCACGAUACCCGAACAGGAGGACAAAUGCAAGACGGACAAGGACUGCGAACGCGGCUUCGGCUGCCAGACAUCCACGGCCCAUGGCACUCGGGAGUGCAUCAAUCUGUGCGCGAAUGUGGUCUGCGGACCCAACGAGCUGUGCAAGAUCAAUCCCGCGGGACAUGCCAACUGCAACUGUGCCGAGAGCUUCGUGUGGAAUCCGGUGGUCUCCUCGUGCGAGAAACCCUCGCUGCCCGACUGCACCAGCGAUGCCAACUGUCCGGAUGCCUCCGCCUGUCGGCCCGAUGUCCUGGGCGUGCUCAAGUGCGUGGCCAUCUGCGAUGCCUUCACCUGCCCGGCCAAUGCCAUUUGUGUGGCCCGUCAGCACCAGGGACGCUGCGAUUGCCUGAAUGGUUUUGUGGGCAAUCCCAACGAUCGCAAUGGCUGCCAGCCGGCGCAGAAGCAUCAGUGCCGCAGCCAUGCCGAGUGCCAGGAGUCGGAGGCCUGCAUCAAGGAUGAGGCCAGCCAAACGCUGAGCUGUCGCCCGGCCUGUGAAUCGGUCAAGUGCGGUCCCCGUGCCGUCUGCAUCACGAACAACCACCAGGCCCAAUGUCAGUGUCCGCCCGGACCGUUUGCCGGCGAUCCGUACGAUCCGUUCAAUGGCUGCCAGAGCGUGCCGUGUGUCUACAACCAUGACUGCCCCACCACCCAAAUGUGCAACCGAAUGACUCACACCUGCUUCGAUGUCUGCGACGAGGAGUCGUGCGGCGAGAAUGCCAUCUGUUUGGCCGAGGAUCAUCGCGCCGUGUGCCAGUGCCCGCCCGGAUUCCGUGGCGACCCGCUGCCAGAGGUGGCAUGCACCAAACAGAGCGGCUGUGCCGCCGGCACCUGUCAUCCAUCCGCCAUUUGUGAGGUCACACCCGAGGGACCCAUCUGCAAGUGUCCGCCGCAUUUCGUGGGCGAACCCAAGAGCGCGGGCUGCCGUCCGGACGGGCAGUGUCCCAAUGGGGAUGCCGACUGUCCGGCCAACACCAUCUGCGCGGGCGGACGUUGCCAGAAUCCGUGCGACAAUGCCUGCGGCUCGAAUGCCGAGUGCAAGGUGGUGAACCGAAAGCCCGUCUGCAGUUGUCCGCUGCGUUUCCAGCCGAUCUCCGACACGGCCAAGGACGGCUGCGCCCGCAGCGCCUCCAAGUGCUUGACGGACGUGGACUGCGGCGGAGAGCUGUGCUUCAAUGGACAGUGCAGGAUCGCGUGCCGCAACUCGCAGGACUGCUCCGACGGCGAGAGCUGCCUGAACAACGUCUGUGUGGUGGCCUGCCUGGACCACAGCCAGUGCGGCCAAGGUCUGGCCUGCGUGGAGGGUCACUGCACCAUCGGCUGCCGCAGCAACAAGGAGUGCAAACAGGAUCAGUCCUGCAUCGAGAACAAGUGCCUGAAUCCCUGCCAGUCCGGCAACAGCUGCGGCCCCAAUGCGCUCUGCAGCAUUGCCGAGCACCGGAGUCAGUGCAGCUGCCCGGAAGGAUUCGAGGGAAAUCCCACGCCCGAACAGGGCUGCGUUCGAGUGCCCGCCCCCUGCCUGGCGAGCAAUCAAUGCCCCAACGGACACAUGUGCAUCGGCAACCAGUGCAACCUGCCCUGCACCAAGACCUCCUCCUGCGCGAUUGGCGAGCGCUGCUACCAGCAGGUGUGCCGCAAGGUCUGCUACACCAGCAACAACUGUCUGGCCGGCGAGAUCUGCAAUGCGGAUCGCACCUGCCAGCCAGGCUGCGACUCGGAUGCGGACUGCCCGCCCACGGAGCUGUGCCUCACUGGCAAGUGCAAGUGUGCCAGCGGCUUCAUUGGCACGCCCUUCGGCUGCUCGGACAUCGAUGAGUGCACGGAGCAGCCGUGCCAUGCCAGUGCCCGGUGCGAGAAUGUCCCUGGCUCCUAUCGCUGUGUGUGUCCCGAGGGCACGGUCGGCGAUGGCUACACCAAGCAGGGCUGCUCCCAGGGCCGCCAAUGCCACCAGCCCGACGAUUGUGCCAACAACUUGGCCUGCAUCCAAGGCAAGUGCACGGAUCCGUGCCUGCAGACAGUGUGCGGGGCCAAUGCCCAUUGCCAGUCCGAGGGACACGAGGCUCUGUGCAGCUGUCCCGCUGGAUAUCUGGGCGAUCCGAACGAUACAGGAGUCGGCUGCUUCAAGGUGGAGUGCAUCGAUCAUGUGGACUGUGCCAGCGAUCGUGCCUGCGAUGCGGAGACGAAUCGCUGCAUCAAACCCUGCGACCUGACCGGCUGCGGUAAAGGAAACUGCGAGGUGUCCGACCACAAGGCCGUCUGUGCCUGCUACGAGGGAUACCAGCUGGUCAGCGGAGGAGUCUGCGAGGAUGUCAACGAGUGUCUGUCCCAGCCCUGCCACAGCACGGCCUUCUGCAACAAUCUGCCGGGCAGCUACAACUGCCAGUGCCCCGAGGGACUCAUCGGAGAUCCCCUGCAGGCCGGCUGUCGCGAUCCCAGCGAAUGCCUCAGCGAUGUCGAUUGUCCCGCCACCGCCAGUUGCCAAAACUCGCGCUGCCGCAGUCCCUGCGAACGACAGAACGCGUGCGGCAUCAAUGCCAAUUGUCAGGCCCAGAGCCAUCAGGCCGUGUGCACCUGCGCCGCGAAUUCCCGCGGAGAUCCUCUCGUCGAGUGCGUACACAUCGAGUGCUCCGACAACGACGACUGUGGCGGCGACAAGGCCUGCCUGGACGCCAAGUGUAUUGAUCCCUGCUCCCUGCCCAACGCCUGCGGAGCUCAGGCUCUCUGUUCGGUCCAGAACCACAUUGGAGUCUGCGCCUGCGAGUCGGGCAGCACCGGAGAUGCCAAACAGGGAUGUGUGCCGCUGCAAUACUGCCAGCAGGAUGCACAGUGCGCACAGGGAAGCAUUUGCUCGCAUGGCAUCUGCAGUCCCCUCUGCAGCACCAAUCGGGACUGCAUCACGGAGCAGCUGUGCCUUCAGGGCGUCUGCCAGGGCACCUGCAAAUCGAACACGACCUGUCCCCAGUUCCAGUUCUGCUCGAACAACAUCUGCACCAAGGAGCUGGAGUGCGGCGCCAACACGGAUUGUGGCGAGGACGAGACCUGCCUGAUGGAUGCCUACGGCCGUGCCCGCUGUGAGCCGGUGUGCCUGGGCCGUGCCGCCUGUGGCCGCAAUGCCGAGUGUGUGGCUCGCUCCCAUUCUCCGGACUGUAUUUGCAAGGAUGGCUUCUUUGGGGAUGCCAAGUCGGGAUGCCGCAAGAUCGAGUGCAGCAGCGACGAGGACUGUUCGAACGACAAGAGCUGCGACAAUCACAUGUGCAAGAUCGCCUGCCUGAUAGGCCAGCCCUGCGGCGAGAAUGCUCUCUGCACCACGGAGCACCAUCAGCAGGUGUGCCACUGCCAGCCCGGCUUCAGUGGCGAUCCACGCGUGCGUUGCGAUGUCAUUGAUUUUUGUCGCGAUGCUCCGUGCGGACCCGGUGCCCGUUGCCGGAACUCGCGCGGCUCCUAUAAGUGUAGCUGUCCCCCCGGCCUCGUUGGUGACCCGUAUAACGAGGGCUGUCGCAGCUCCGUGGAGUGCGAGACCAACGAGGACUGUCCCCCGCAUGCUGCAUGCACCAAAACUAACGGUGUGGCCAAGUGCCACGAUGUCUGCGCCCAACUGCUGUGUGGCCCCAAUGCGGAAUGUGUUCCGAAGGGCCACAUCGCUCACUGUGCAUGUCGCAUGGGCUAUGACGGCCAACCCGCCGACCGGGUGGCCGGCUGUAAGCCAUUGCCCGUUCCCUGUCAGGUCACCGGCGACUGUCCCACAAACACCUACUGCUCGGAUAGCGUCUGCAAACCUGCCUGCGUGCUGGACACCGAGUGUGGGCCGUCGGAGGUUUGCCAGGGCGGCCAAUGCUUCAAUCCAUGUGUCCAGCCCCAGGCCUGUGGCCAGAAUGCCGAAUGCGUGAUGUUGAAUCACCUUAAACAGUGCCACUGCCCGGAGGGCUUCACCGGAGACUCGUCGAAGGAAUGUGUCCGGGUGCCAGUGGCCUGCGAAGUUGACUGCUCGCCCGGCUACACCUGCCGUGACUCCAUGUGCCUGCCUGUGUGCCAAAACGAUCUGGAGUGUGCCUCCAAUGAGAAAUGCUUGCGGGGCAAUUGCAUGCUGACCUGCCGCGUGGACAACGAUUGCUUCUUGGGGCAUGUGUGCCUGCACAACAAGUGCGUCUACGGCUGCCAUGUGGAUGAUGACUGCAGUGCCUCGGAGUCCUGCCGCAACGAUAAGUGUGUGAAUCCUUGUGUGGAGAGUCCCUGCGGGCCCAAUGCCGCCUGCUCGGUGUCCAAUCAUCGGGCCACAUGCAGCUGCUUGGAGAGCAUGGUGCCCAAUCCCACGCCCCAGGUGGGCUGCGUGCGUGCCCCUCCGCUUGAGUGCCGCGAGAAUCGCGACUGUGGCAACGGUCUGGCGUGCUUCGAGUCUGUGUGCCGCCCCUUGUGCGCCGACGAUGCCGGCUGCAUAACCAACGAGCGGUGCCAGCAGGGCGUCUGCAAGCCACUCUGUCGCCACGACAACGAGUGUGCCCACGGCGAACUGUGUCUGGGACUCAACUGCGUGCCCGGCUGCCGCUCCGACCAGGGCUGCCCGUCCGAACUCUCCUGCAUUGCCCAGCAGUGCGUGGAUCCAUGUGCAGACCCCACUGCCUGUGGAACGAAUGCCCUCUGCCAGACCGUGGACCAUCGCAAGCAGUGCACUUGCCCGGAGGGACUUAGCGGCAAGGCCAACGUGGCCUGCAAGGUGCCGCGCAUCGCCUGCGGACGCAACGAGGAUUGCCAGAACAACCAGCUGUGCUACGCCGGCAGCUGUCAGGGCAAGUGCCGCAACGAUCAGAACUGUCUCUCGGACGAGCGCUGCAUGCGCGGAACCUGCCGCACCGUCUGCAACACGGACGAAGCCUGUGCCCAGGGCCAGAUCUGCGAGAGUCGUGUCUGCCAAACCGGUUGCCGCAACGACCUCAGCUGUGCCACCGACGAGGCCUGCGUGAACAAGAAGUGCCAGAAUCCCUGCCGCAGCCCCGGCCAGUGUGGCCAGUGUGCCGACUGUCUGGUGGUGAAUCAUGGCGUUCAAUGCCAGUGUCCGGCCUCCUUCAUUGGCGACGGUCUCACCGGCUGCCAACUGCCAGCGGAACGCUGCCAUCCCGGCUGCGAAUGCGACGAGAAUGGGGCCUACUGCGCCACCAAGUGCUCCCGAACGGAGGACUGCGCCUGCGGACAGCAGUGCGCGCGUGGCAAGUGCCGCAACAAGUGCGGACCCAAGCGACAGUGCACCGUGGGACAGCUUUGCGAGCGGGGAGCCUGCAUUGCCGGCUGCAAGUCCAACAGUGACUGCGCCGCCGACCAGAGCUGUGUGCGCGGCAAGUGCACGGACCCCUGUGCCGACGACAAGGCCUGCGGACGCAACGCCCUGUGCACCGUGUCCGAGCAUCGGAUGCUGUGCUACUGCCCCGAUGGCUACGAGGGAGAACCCAGCAAGGAGUGCGUGCAGUUCGAGUGCCGCCAGGACUCUGACUGCGACAGCAACAAGCGAUGCGAUGGCGGCAAGUGCCGCAAUCCAUGCCUGGAGUACGGUGCCUGCGGCACCAAUGCCCAAUGCCGUGUGGCUAAUCGCCAGGCCCAAUGCUCCUGCCCACCCGACUUCUUUGGCAAUCCCGCCAGUGAGUGCCAGCCCCUGGAUGGCGGCUGCUCCAACAGCCCCUGUGGCGUCAACUCCAAGUGUACCGAAGUGCCCGGCGGCUAUGAGUGUGCCUGCAUGGAUGGCUGCAUCGGGGAUGCCAACAAGGGCUGCCUCUGCGAGGGACCUCUAGUGAAUGCCUGCCACGAUCAUCCAUGCGGCCUGAAUGCCGCCUGCCAUGUACUGGACAACGACCAAGCCGAGUGCUACUGCCCGGAGGACUUCCCCAAUGGUGAUGCCUAUGUUCAAUGUUAUCUGACGCCACCGCAGCAGGACUGCCGUACUCUCGGCUGCGAUGUGGGUGACUGUGUGCGCCAUGGCUAUGACUAUGUGUGCCAGCAGGACACCGAACAAUGCUACUCAGAUACGGAUUGUCCCAGUGAAAAAUCGUGCCUCCAAGGACACUGCAGCGAUCCUUGUACAAUGCGUGGCGCGUGCGGCUCGAAUGCGCUUUGCAAAACUGUUCUGCAUCGUCCACGCUGCUCCUGUCCAAGCUGUCACAUCGGCCGGCCCGAGGUCGAGUGCAAGCCCGAUCCCAAUUGUCUCACUGAUGACAUGGAUGCCAAGACCAAGGAGCAGAUACCAUGCUCCAGUGACAACGAAUGCCCGGAGACAUUGCAGUGCGGCCAGUACGGCCAGUGCACAGAUCCAUGCAACAAUCCGCUUUUCAUUUGCGAGAGCAACAAGAAGUGCGAGACACGACGCCACCAACCCGUUUGCAUCUGCAAAUCGGGCUUCAUAGUCAACGAGUACGGAGAGCUGACGUGUGCACCGGAUAAGCGGGAAUGCUAUCGCGAUGAUGACUGUGCCUCGAAUAUGGCCUGCACGGAUGGCAAAUGUCGGAACCCAUGUAUUGUGCCGUUGGGCCGGGCACCGAUCUGUGCCGAGAACAAGUCCUGUGAGGUACAGAACCACAAGCCCGUGUGCAUCUGCAUGCGGGACUGUCAGCCCUCGAUAUCCAUUUGUUUGCGUGAUGCCGGCUGUCCGGCCGGCCUCGCUUGCCGCAAACUGCAGUGCGUCGAUCCGUGCAAGUUUGCAACAUGCGCCCCCAACUCGCCAUGCAUUGUCGAGGAUCACAAGCCGAUAUGUAAAUUCUGCCCACCUGGAUUUAUAGCCGAUGCCAAAUAUGGAUGUCAAAAAGAAAUCGGUUGUGCAUCGAGUGAUGAGUGCCCCACCCAGCAGGCGUGCAUCAAUGCGCUUUGCGUGGAUCCCUGUACCUACAGUAAUCCCUGCAGUCGUACCGAGGAUUGUCGUGUUCUCAACCAUCAGCCUUUGUGCUCUGCAGAAAUGGGUCGCACUCCUGGCUGCGAGCAUUGUCCACCGGGUGCCAAUUGCGAUCCCACCACUGGUGCUUGUAUCAAGGCUAAUGUAACAAUAACUACUAGUACUACCAAGAAAUCAAGAACAACCAAGAGACCAACACCAACACCAAGAACAACUACAACCAGAACCACAACCACAACAACUGCUAACCCAAACACAGGUGUCAAAGCACCGACACCGACCACCACCACCACUACCUCUACUAGCACUGAAUCGAGCACAGCAUCCACAAGCGCUACUAACCAAACAACCAGUACCAGUAAGAGUAAACCAGCAGAUACCGAAAGCACAACAUCCCAUACGGAUGCCACAAGGCGGUACCGUGAUGGUGAGAACAAUAUAACCGAUACACCGACGGCAAGGCCAUCGGUGGCAACGACCAAGCUGCGUGGUGAAGACGUGGAUGGCGACAGUCAACGGCGCACCACAACGACGCCAAAGAUGAAGACCACGCGUCUGGAUACAUCCAAUGAAGUGCCCGAUACGACAACGAACUGGCCGAUCGAGCUGCCAACCACUGAUGGCACCACAACGGAGAUCUACAGCACAAUAAUUGUCCCACUGGGGGACAACAACGGCACAACCACCACUGACAUCUCAUUAAUUAACCCAUGUACAGUAGAUACUAACUGUGCCCCUAACGAGCACUGUAAGCUGGGCAAUUGCCGUAAGAAAGAGCCACCGGGUACACCAAAAACACCAGAGCCCUGCCAAUCGAACAACGAUUGCAUUGAGAGCGAGGCCUGCUAUAUGGGUCUGUGUCAGGAUCCGUGCGAAUUUGCCAAGAUAUGUGCCGCGAGUGCCAAGUGUACGGCCAAGAGUCAUCGACCCAUAUGCACCUGUCCGCAGGGACACGAGGGCAAUCCGAUGGUCAAGUGUGUGCCCACCGAAACCUCAAUUGAAUGCACAGACAAUUCCGACUGCGGAGUCACGGAGGCUUGCAUCAAUCAGAGAUGCCAGCAUCCAUGCGAUGUGCAUGAUCCCUGUGCCACGAAUGCCAUUUGCAUCAACACCCACCAUGAGGCCGACUGCAGUUGUGCCGAUGGCUACCAGGGCAAUGGACGUGUCGGCUGUCAGCCAGCACGCACCAAUGUCUGCCAAUACAACGAGGACUGUCCACCGACGAAGCUCUGCGAUCGCCUCAAUCGUCGCUGCAUCAAUCCCUGUCAAGAGGAUUCCUGUGGCGAGAAUGCCGAGUGUGUGCCCAUCAACCACGGCACCGAUUGUCGCUGCCUGCCCGGCUUCCUGGGCAAUGCCUAUGUGCAGUGUUCGCCGCUCCAGGGAUGUCGUGCCGACACCGAGUGCGAUUCUAGUCAGGCCUGCAUCAAUGGAAAGUGUGCAUCGCCCUGCCAGUGCGGCGCCUUUGCCCUGUGCGAUGUGAUCAAUCAUCGUGGGGUGUGCAAGUGCCCGCCUGGAUACAAUGGAAAUCCCCAGGUGGGCUGCAGUCCACCGCAGAAUCCCUGCGAUCCCAAUCCCUGUGGCCUCAGUGCGCUGUGCGAACUGGACAAUGGCAAUCCCAUUUGUUAUUGUCCCAAGGGACUCACUGGAAAUCCAUUCAAGAAUUGCAUCCCAGAGGGCGAUGAAUGCGCACCGAAUCCAUGCGGACCCAAUUCCGGAUGUCGUCGCGUGGAUGGACAACCCAUCUGCUUCUGCCUGCCCGAAUACGAGGGCCAGCCACCGGCGAUAGCCUGCGAGCUGCCAUCGAACCCAUGCGAACCGUCGUCAUGCGGCCCCAACACACAGUGUUCUGUCCUGAGCAACGGCUUCUCCAAGUGCACCUGCCUGCCGGGUUACGUGGAGAGCCCGAACACCAUUCGUGGCUGUGUGGAGCCCAUCAAUCCGUGCGAUCCCAGCCCUUGCGGCACUGGUGCCAUCUGCGACUCGUCGCGUCAGCCCGUGUGCUAUUGUCCCGACAACAAGAUUGGAAAUCCCUUCAGGCUGUGCGAGAAGCCCGCGGUAUCGAUCGAACUCUGCCAGCCAGGUCCUUGCGGCCGGAAUGCCGACUGCUAUGUGGCCGGCAAUCGUGAGGAAUGCUACUGCCGCUCUGGAUAUGUCGGCGAUGCCUACCAAGGCUGCCGCGAGCCCAGUCGCACCGUCUGUGACCCGAAUCCGUGCGGACCUAGUGCCAAUUGCGUUGUGGCCGGCGAUGGACAGACCGCCUGCGUGUGUCCCGAAGGUCUCUCCGGGGACCCCACAUCUCUCGUGGGCUGUCACGGCUAUGAGUGCCAGGUGGAUGCCGAUUGUCCGCACAGCAAAGCCUGCAUGGGCUUCCGCUGCUACGAUCCCUGCCCCGGAGCUUGCGGCCAUGGAGCCAACUGCCGCGUUGAGGAGCAUCACCCCGUGUGCUCGUGCAAUGCUGGCUUGACCGGAAACCCAGGAGUCCGUUGCUAUGCCCUGGACCAUCCGAAGACCAAUCCGUGUGUGCCCAGUCCCUGUGGCGUCAAUAGCGAGUGCAAGCUGCUGAACAACCGCGCCGUCUGCUCCUGCAUUCCCGGCUACCUGGGCGAUCCAGAGUCGGGCUGCCAGCCGGAGUGUGACAUCAACUCGGACUGCGGCGAGACCCUGUCGUGCAUCAACCACAAGUGCGUGGAUCCCUGUGCGGGAGCCAUUUGCGGCAUCAAUGCCAUUUGCAAUGUCCGCCAGCAUACGCCCGUGUGCCAUUGCCUGGACGGAUUCGCCGGCGAUGCCUUCCUGCAGUGCGUGCCGAUCGGCAUCUUGAAGAACGUCUCCCGAGACCCGUGUGCCCCGUCGCCCUGUGGACCGCACGACGUCUGCUCGGUCUAUGGCGAUGGUGUGGCAUUGUGUGAUCCCUGCUUUGGACCCAAUGCCCAGCAGAAUCCCCGCUGCCGACCGGAAUGUGUGGCCAACUCCGACUGCCCCUUCGAUCGUGCCUGUUUGGGCCAGCGCUGCCUCGAUCCCUGCCCCGGCUCCUGCGGUCGCAACGCCAUCUGCAAUGUGUACGAACAUAAUCCGGUGUGCUCCUGCCCCGCGGGACUCUAUGGCAAUCCCUACGAGCAGUGCACCAUUCAAUCGGCUAUUGUGCCAACGCCAGCGCCAAGCUGCGCGAAGCUGCAGUGCGGCGGCAAUGCGGAAUGCAAGCGGGCCCCCGGUGGCCUCGCCUGCGUCUGCCGCAAGGGCUACUUUGGCGAUCCACAUGUCGGCUGUCGCCCAGAGUGCGUACUCAAUAGCGACUGUCCCGCGGACAAGGCCUGCGUGAACUCCAAGUGCGUGGAGGCCUGUGUCGGCGUGUGCGGCAUCAAUGCCAUCUGCCGUGUGGUGAACCAUGCCCCGGUGUGCAUCUGCUCGGAGGGUUACAGUGGAGAUGCCUCCAUUGCCUGCAAUCCCUACUAUCUGCCACCCGUUUCACCGCCCAUUGAGCGGCCACAUCCGUGCGAACCCUCGCCCUGCGGUCCCAAUUCCCGCUGCCUGGCCACCUCCGAGGGCUAUGCUGCCUGCUCCUGCCUGCCGAACUUCAAGGGUGCCCCGCCCGUCUGCCAGCCCGAGUGCGUCGUCAGCUCUGAGUGUGCCCCCAACCAGGCCUGCCUCAAUCAGAGAUGCGCGGAUCCCUGUCCCGGCAUCUGCGGUGUUGGCGCCCGCUGCGAGGUGCUCAAUCACAAUCCCAUUUGCUCGUGCGAGCAAAAAUUCGAGGGAGAUCCGUUCGUUGCCUGCUCGCCCAUACCGGAGCCGGGACGCGAGGUGGAUCUGCCCAAGAAUCCGUGCGUGCCCUCGCCCUGUGGACCCAACUCUAUAUGCCAGAUCAAACAGAACCGACCCGUCUGCUCGUGUGUGGCCAACUACAUCGGCAGCCCGCCCUAUUGCCGGCCAGAGUGCACCCUGAGCAGCGAGUGUCCCUCGGACAAGGCCUGCAUCCAUGAGAAGUGCCAGAACCCGUGCGCCAAUGUCUGUGGCCACAAUGCCCGUUGCACGGUCAUCGCGCACUCAGCCCACUGCAGCUGCGACCAGGGCUACGAGGGAGAUGCCUUCAUCGGCUGCUCCCAGACAAAGGAAGAGAAAUCCGGUGAUGACUUUGGACCCUGCUAUCCCAAUCCCUGUGCUGAGAAUGCCGUGUGCACCCCGCACAACAAUGCCGCUCGCUGUAGCUGCAUUGAGCCGUACUUUGGCGAUCCGUACAGCACUGGAUGCCGUCCCGAAUGUAUCUACAGCUCGGAAUGCCCCUCGUCGCUGGCCUGCAUCAAGCAGCACUGUCGCAAUCCCUGCACCGGUGCCUGUGGCGCCAAUGCCGAGUGUGCGGUGGUUAACCACCUGCCAUCCUGCAUCUGUUCGCGUGGCCACGAGGGCGAUCCGUUCGUGGGCUGCAAGCGCAUGCCCGUGGGACCUGUGAGCGUCUGCGAGCCGAAUCCAUGUGGCCCCAACAGCAUCUGCCGUACGGUGGAGGGCCAUCCCACGUGCAGCUGUCAUGUUGGCUACUUCGGUGCCCCGCCCCAGUGCCGGCCCGAGUGCGUCGUCAGCUCGGAGUGCGCCCAACAUUUGGCGUGCAUCAACCAGAAGUGUGCCGAUCCCUGUGCCGAAACCUGCGGCUUCAAUGCCAAGUGUCAAGUGAACAACCACAAUCCGAUAUGCUCCUGUCCCAGAGACUACAUAGGCGAUCCCUUCGAGCAAUGUGUGCCGAAACCAUCUGAACGCCCACAAACUUUGGAUCCCUGCCUGCCCAGUCCAUGUGGACCCAAUGCCAAUUGUCGGAAUGUGAACAAUCGCGCUGAAUGCGCCUGUGCCCAGGGCAUGUUCGGUGCCCCGCCGAGCUGCCGACCGGAGUGCGUUAUCAAUCAGGAUUGUCCAUCGAACCGGGCUUGCAUUCGACAACGAUGCGAGGAUCCUUGCAUUGGCAUUUGUGGCUUCAAUGCCCAGUGCUCCACACAGCAGUAUCAGCCCAAGUGCGCUUGCAUUGAGGGCUUCGAGGGCGACCCGUACACCGGUUGCAACAUGCGAGAGAUCGUGGUCCUGGACCAACCCGCCGAUCCAUGUCACCCAUCCCCAUGCGGUGCGAAUGCCAUCUGUCGCGAACGCAACGGUGCUGGUUCCUGCAGCUGCAUCCAGAACUAUUUCGGUGAUCCGUACAUUAACUGCCGCCCCGAGUGCGUGCAGAACAGUGACUGCCCCGCCAGCAGGUCCUGCAUCAACAUGAAGUGUCGCGAUCCCUGCGAAAAUGCCUGUGGCUUCAAUGCCAUCUGCCGUGUGGCCCAUCACCAGGCUGUGUGUAGCUGUGAGCCCGGUUUCACCGGCAAUCCACAACGCGCCUGCGUCGAACGUCCCUCAAAUAUGUACCUGCCCUUGCCCAAAGACCCCUGUAGACCAUCGCCCUGUGGCUUGUUUAGCACUUGCCACGUGGCUGGAGAUCAUCCCGUUUGCGCUUGCCUGCCGGACUACCUGGGCGUUCCGCCCAACUGCAAGCCCGAGUGCCGCACAAGUGGCGAAUGUCCCUCGGACAGGGCGUGCAUCAAUCAACGUUGCCGCGAUCCCUGCCCCGGCACCUGUGGCUACAAUGCGCGUUGUCGCUGCACGAAUCAUUCCCCCAUUUGUAGCUGCAUUGAUGGCUACACCGGUGAUCCGUUCCACCAGUGUCUGCCCGAAAGAAAACCGGCGCCAAUACCAGACCCCAUCGUGCCUAUGAAUCCCUGCGUGCCAUCGCCCUGCGGCCCCAACUCCCAGUGCCAGGUGGCCAGCACCGGAGCCGUGUGCUCCUGCGUGGCCAACUACAUUGGACGUCCGCCGGCCUGCCGGCCAGAGUGCAGCAUCAAUUCGGAGUGCCCCGCCCGGAUGGCCUGUAUGAAUGCGCGUUGCGCCGACCCGUGCAUCGGUUCCUGCGGCAACAAUGCCCUCUGUCACGUCAGCCAGCAUGCGCCGGUGUGCAUGUGCGAGCCCGGCUUCAGUGGCGACCCCUUCUCCGGCUGCUACAAGAUCUUAGAAACGCCCAUUGAGGUCUCUCAGCCCUGUCGUCCCAGUCCUUGCGGCUUGAAUGCCUUGUGCGAGGAGCGAAAUCGCGCUGCUGCCUGCAAGUGUCUGCCCGAGUACUUUGGGGAUCCGUACACCGAGUGUCGCCCCGAGUGCGUCAUCAAUUCGGACUGCCCCAAGUCGCGGGCCUGCGUCAAUCAGCGAUGCGUCGAUCCCUGUCCCGGCAUGUGCGGUCACAGCGCCCUCUGCGCCGUCUUCAAUCAUGCGCCCAACUGUGAGUGCCUGCCCGGCUACACGGGCAACCCCAUUGUCGGCUGUCACCUGGUGCCCGAGACGCCACGCUAUCCCGACCCCAUAGUACCCGAAAAUCCAUGCCAACCCUCGCCCUGCGGCCUCUACAGCAUCUGUCGCCCGGUCAAUGGCCAUGCUGUGUGCUCCUGUGUGCCCAACUACAUUGGCUCGCCGCCCAACUGCCGGCCCGAGUGCAUGAGCAGCUCGGAGUGUGCACAGGACAAGUCGUGUCUGAACGAGCGGUGCAAAGAUCCCUGCCCGGGCACCUGUGGCAACAAUGCGCUCUGCCGUGUCGUUAACCAUAAUCCCAUCUGCUCCUGCAGUCCCGGCUUCAGCGGUGAUCCAUUCGUGCGCUGUUUCCCACAAGAAAAACGGCCCAUCGUUCAUGAUCGCGUCGAGCCGUGCGCGCCCUCGCCCUGUGGGCCAAACUCUCAGUGUCGGGUGUCGGCGGCUAAUGAGCAGCCCGUCUGCUCAUGCUUGCAACAUUAUGUGGGUAGGGCGCCAAAUUGCCGACCCGAGUGCACCUCAAAUUCGGAGUGUGCCGGCAACUUGGCCUGCAUCAAUCUGCGCUGCCGGGAUCCCUGCGUGGGUACCUGCGGCAGUCAGACCACAUGUCUUGUAAAUAAUCAUAGACCGAUCUGCCGCUGCCUCGAUGGCUAUGCGGGCGAUCCGUUCUCCGAGUGUAGUCCACAAAUUAUCGUACCGCCCGAGGUGGCCCAGCCCUGCAACCCCAGUCCCUGCGGCGCCAAUGCGGUGUGCAACGAGCGCAACGGCGUCGGCUCCUGUUCCUGCCUGCCCGAAUACAGUGGCGAUCCGUACACCGAAUGCCGGCCGGAGUGUGUCCUGAACAGCGACUGCUCGAAGAAUCGCGCCUGCCUCAACAACAAGUGCCGCGAUCCCUGCCCCGGCGUUUGCGGCGUCUCCGCCGAGUGUCAUGUGAUUAACCACGGGCCCAGCUGCAGCUGCCCCUCCGGAUACACGGGCAAUCCGUCGCAGUACUGCCGGGAAAUACCAAAAUUGGCCCCGCCUGUCCAGCCAUGUCGCCCGUCGCCAUGCGGCCCUUACAGCCAGUGCCGCGAGGUGAACGGACAUGCGGUCUGCUCGUGCACCACCAACUAUGUGGGCACUCCGCCCGCCUGUCGACCAGAGUGCUCGGUCAGUUCCGAGUGCUCCCAAGACCGGGCUUGUGUGAACCUGCGCUGUGUAGACCCCUGUCCCGGAACCUGCGGCCACGAGGCCAUUUGCAAGGUCACCAACCACAAUCCCAUCUGCUCGUGCCCCAGUGGCUACACGGGCGAUCCGUUUGUGCGCUGCGCCCCACGGCAACAAGAACCGGAACAGCCCAAGUCCAAUGAGAAUCCCUGCGUGCCCAGUCCCUGCGGUCGCAACUCCCAGUGCCGCGUCGUGGGCGAGACUGGCGUCUGUUCCUGUCUGCCCAACUUCGUGGGCCGUGCCCCCAACUGCCGACCAGAGUGUACCCUCAAUUCCGAGUGCCCGGCCAACCUGGCGUGCAUCAAUGAGCGUUGCACAGACCCGUGUCCGGGCUCGUGCGGCUUCAAUGCCUACUGCAGUGUCGUUGGCCACUCGCCCAUCUGCUCGUGCGACAAUGGCUUCACUGGCGAUCCCUUCGCUGGCUGCAAUCCGCAACCCUUGCCCGAAUCCGAUGAACGCCUGACACCCUGCCAACCCUCGCCCUGCGGCCCCAAUGCCGAAUGCCGUGAACGCAACGGCGCCGGCUCCUGUACGUGUCUGCCGGAGUACUUUGGCGAUCCGUACAGUGGCUGUCGACCCGAGUGCGUGGUGAAUAGCGAUUGCUCGCGCGACAAGUCGUGCGUCAACCAGAAAUGCGCGGACCCAUGUCCGGGCGUUUGUGGCCUGAACGCCGAGUGUCGUGUGUCCAAUCACUUGCCCAGCUGCUCCUGCCUGGCCGGCUACACUGGAAAUCCGUCGAGUGCAUGCCGUGAAAUACCCCAACUCCCGCCACCACCCCUGGCCGAUGUGAAUCCGUGUAGACCCUCGCCCUGCGGCCCGUACAGCCAGUGUCGGGAGAUCAAUAACCAUGCCGUGUGCUCUUGCCAGCCCGGACUCGUUGGCUCUGCCCCCAACUGUCGGCCCGAGUGUAUCAUAAGCUCCGAUUGUGCCCAAGAUCUCAACUGUCAGAAUCAGAAGUGUGUGGACCCGUGUCCGGGCACAUGCGGCAUUGAGGCACGUUGCCAGGUUAUAAAUCACUAUCCUGCAUGCUCCUGUGCCCCAGGCUACACUGGAGAUCCCUUCAAUCGAUGCACUAAAAUAUUGUUGGAGCCCAUAAUACCCGAAAAAUCCGGUAAUCCCUGUGUACCCUCACCGUGCGGACCCAACUCGAAAUGCAUCGAUGUGCGCGGUUCGCCUGCAUGCUCCUGUCUGCCGGACUACCUCGGACGGCCGCCAAACUGCCGGCCCGAGUGCAUGAGUAGUGCCGACUGUCCGGCGAACCUUGCCUGUGUCAAUCAGCGCUGCGCAGAUCCGUGUAUUGGAGCUUGUGGCCAGAACUCCCUGUGCCAGGUGAUCAAGCAUCGUCCAACAUGCGAAUGCGUGCCUGGUUACACCGGCGAUCCGUUCUCCGGCUGUGCGAUUGUACAGCAAAUUACCCCAACGGAGGCGCCACGCAAUCCCUGCAAUCCCAGUCCGUGCGGCGCCAAUGCCGUGUGCCGGGAGCGCAACAGCGCCGGCUCCUGCACCUGUCUGCCCGAAUACUUUGGCGAUCCGUACAGUGGCUGCCGACCGGAAUGUGUCCAGAACGAUGACUGCGAUCGCUCCCGUGCCUGCAUCAACAGCAAGUGCCAGGACCCCUGUCCCGGUGCCUGCGGCAUCAAUGCCGAGUGCCGUGUCCUCAACCAUGGUCCCAACUGCAACUGCUUCGACGGCUACACCGGCGAUCCGCAUCGCUCGUGCGCCCUCAUUGAAGUGGUCACACGACGGCCGGAGAACCCGUGCCAGCCCUCGCCCUGUGGACCCUACAGCCAGUGCCUGGACACGAACAGCCAUGCGGUGUGCUCCUGCCUGGAAGGCUACACCGGAGCGCCACCCAGCUGCAAGCCGGAAUGUGUCGUCAGCUCGGAGUGCCCCCAGAAUCGGGCGUGCAUCAAUCAGAAGUGCGCCGAUCCGUGUCGCGGCUCCUGCGGCAACAAUGCCAAGUGCCAGGUGGUGAACCACAAUCCCAUCUGCAGCUGUGUGCCCGGCAUGACCGGCGAUCCCAUCAGCGGCUGUUCACCCAGCGAAGACGGCAAGAGCACGGACAACCCGUGUGUGCCCUCGCCCUGUGGCCCCAACUCCGUGUGCCGCGAGAUCGGAAACCAAGCGGCCUGCUCCUGCAAUGCCAACUUCAUUGGACGUCCGCCCAACUGCCGGCCAGAGUGCACCAACAACGACGAGUGCCAGAAUCAUCUGUCCUGCCAGCAGGAGCGCUGCGUCGAUCCCUGCCCGGGCUCUUGCGGCAGCAAUGCCGUCUGUCAGGUGGUGCAGCACAAUGCCGUCUGCUCCUGUGCCGAUGGCUACGAGGGCGAGCCGCUCUUUGGCUGCCAGCUGAUUCCCCUGCUCCUGCCCACCGAGGCGCCCACAUCGCCAUGCGAACCGUCGCCCUGCGGCCCCCAUGCCGAGUGCCGCGAACGCAACGGAGCCGGCGCCUGCUACUGCCACGAGGGCUUCGAGGGCAAUCCCUACGAUGCCCAGCGCGGCUGCCGACGCGAAUGCGAGAUCAACGAUGAGUGCACGGCCGCCCAGGCGUGUGUCCGCUUCAAGUGUAUCGAUCCGUGCGACAAUAUGUGCGGAGAGUACGCUCUCUGUACGGUCGAUAACCACGUGCCCACAUGCAACUGUCCGGCCGGCUACAGCGGAGAUCCGUUCUUCAGCUGCAAGCCCGUGCCGGUUACCCCCCGGCCAGCACUCAACCCGUGCAAUCCCUCGCCCUGCGGCCCCAACAGCAACUGCCGCAGCAUCAACAACCAGGCCGUGUGCUCCUGCCAGUCGGGCUUCGUCAAUCAGCCGCCCAACUGCCGACCCGAGUGCAUAGUCAGUGCGGAGUGUGCCCCGGAACGGGCCUGUGUGAACAAGAAGUGCGUGGACCCUUGCCUGCACACCUGCGGCAUUCGGGCCAUCUGCAGCACCAAGAACCACAGCCCCAUCUGCACCUGCCCGCGCGGCAUGACCGGCGAUCCCUUCGUGCAGUGCACCAGAAUACCCAUAACACACGAUGUGACGACACCAGAGCCACCAGCGGCAUCCUGUGUGCCCUCGCCCUGCGGUCCCAAUGCCAAAUGCCAGAUUGUGGGCAAUAGUCCGGCCUGCUCCUGCCUGCCCAACUUUAUUGGCGCCCCACCGCGUUGCCGGCCGGAAUGUGUCCUCAACUCCGAGUGUGGGCCCACGGAGGCGUGCAUCAAUCAGAAGUGCGGCGAUCCGUGCUCUGGCUCCUGCGGCUUCGAGGCCAAGUGCCAUGUGCUGAAUCACCUGCCCAUUUGCAACUGCAUCGAGGGCUACGAGGGCGAUCCGUUUGUGCGCUGCACCGAGAAACCCGAGGGCAAGACCCCGCCGCCUGUCAUCAACGAUCCGUGCAACCCGAGUCCCUGUGGCCCGAACGCCGACUGCUUUGCCGGCGAGUGCCGCUGCCAGAACAACUAUCAAGGAAACGCCUACGAGGGCUGUCGACCCGAGUGCACCCUCUCGGCGGACUGCUCGCGGGACAAGGCGUGCAUGCGCAACAAGUGUGUGGAUCCCUGCCCCGGCAUCUGUGGCAACAAUGCCGUGUGCGAGGUGAUGAACCACAUACCAGUGUGCUCGUGCCUGCAGGGCUACGAGGGCGAUCCGUUUACCAAUUGCCGUGUGAAGCCCAUCGAAGAUACACCCAAGCCCCAGGCCUGUGCGCCGUCGCCAUGCGGAUCGAACAGCCAGUGCCGCGAUGUCAACGGACAUGCCGUCUGCUCCUGCCUGCAGGGAUACAUUGGGGCGCCGCCCCAAUGCCGUCCCGAGUGCGUUGUCUCCAGUGAAUGCUCUGCCCUGCAGGCGUGUGUCAACAAGAAGUGCGUGGAUCCCUGCGCCGCUGCUUGUGGUCUGGAGGCACGCUGCGAGGUCAUCAACCACAGCCCCAUCUGUGGCUGCCCGCCUGGCCGCACUGGAGAUCCCUUCAAGCAGUGCACAGAGAUCGCUGUGGCACCGCCGCCAGAUGUUAAGGAAGCGCCACGAGAUCCGUGUGUGCCCUCGCCCUGCGGACCCAACUCCAUAUGCAAGCCCGAUGAGCGCGGACCCGUGUGCCAGUGCCAGCCAGAGUUCUUUGGCUCGCCGCCCAACUGCCGGCCCGAGUGCAUCAUCAAUCCCGACUGUGCCUCGACGCAGGCCUGCAUCAACAACAAGUGCCGCGAUCCCUGCCCCGGCUCGUGUGGCACCAACGCUGAGUGCCGCGUCAUCGGACACACGGUCUCGUGCUCCUGCCCCGUGGGCUAUGCUGGCAACGCGUUUGUCCAGUGUGUGCCGCAACAGGAGGAGCCCAUCAAGCCGUGCCAGCCCUCGCCCUGCGGGGCCAAUGCCGAGUGCAUCGAACGGAACGGCGCUGCCGCCUGCAAGUGCAUCGACGAGUACCAGGGCAAUCCCUACGAGGGCUGCCGACCCGAGUGCGUGCUCAGCUCCGACUGUACCACGGACAAGGCGUGCAUACGGAACAAGUGCCAGGAUCCCUGCCCGGGCAUCUGUGGCCUGAACGCCCAGUGCUAUGCCGUGAAUCAUGUGCCCAAUUGUGUGUGCCUCGAUGGCCACACGGGCGAUCCGUUUGCCAACUGUCGCCGCGUGGAGCCGACAACGCCGCCGCCAGUCGCCGAUCCGUGCGUACCCUCGCCCUGUGGCGCCAACAGCAAGUGCCGCAUUGCCAACGGACUGGCCGUCUGCUCCUGCCUGGAGAACUUCAUUGGAGCUCCGCCGAACUGCAAGCCCGAGUGCACGGUGAAUGCCGAGUGCCAGCCGAACAAGGCGUGCCACAAGUUCCGCUGCGCCAAUCCCUGUGCCAAGACGUGCGGCAUCAAUGCCAAGUGCGAGGUGAUCAAUCACAAUCCCAUCUGCAGCUGCCCCUCGGAUCUGACGGGCGAUCCAUUCGCCCGCUGUUACCCGGCGCCAGCUAUUGCCGGACCCAAGGAUGCUCCUGUAUCGAAGACACCCUGCCAGCCCUCGCCCUGCGGCCUCUACUCGGAGUGUCGUGUGCGCGACGAGCAGGCCUCCUGCUCCUGUCUGCCCAACUACAUUGGGGCGCCGCCCAACUGCCGACCCGAGUGCAUUGUGAACACGGACUGCUCCUCGAACCGCGCCUGCAUUGCCGAGAAGUGUCGCGAUCCCUGCGACGGCUCCUGCGGCAUCAACUCCGAGUGCCGCAUCCAGAACCAUUUGGCCAUAUGCACCUGUCGCGGCGGAUUCACCGGCGAUCCGUUUGUCCAGUGUGUGGAGAUCAUUGAGACGAUCACGAGGCCACCACUGAACGAACCACAGGAUCCGUGCGACCUGCAGCCGUGUGGCGCCAAUGCGGAAUGCAACGGCGGCACCUGCACCUGCCUGCGAGACUACCAGGGCGAUCCCUACACCGGCUGUCGUCCGGAGUGUACGCUGAGCACCGACUGCGCCCCCGUCAAGGCCUGCCUGAACAAGAAGUGCGUGGAUCCCUGUCCGGGAGUGUGCGGCCAGAACUCGCAGUGCGAUGUCUCCAACCACAUACCGAUCUGCAGCUGCCUGCAGGGCUACACGGGCGAUCCGUUCGUGCACUGCCGCCUGGAGACGCCCGUGGCCAAGGACCCAUGCCAGCCGAAUCCCUGCGGUCCCAACAGCCUGUGUCAUGUGUCGGCCCAAGGGCCGGUGUGUGCCUGCCAGCAGGGCAUGCUGGGCUCUCCGCCCGCCUGCAAGCCGGAGUGCAUUGUCAGCUCCGAGUGCUCGCUGCAAACGGCCUGCGUGCAAAGGAAGUGCGUCGAUCCGUGCCCCGGCGCCUGCGGCCAGUUCGCACGCUGCCAGGUGAUCAACCACAAUCCAUCGUGCUCCUGCAAUUCAGGCUACACCGGAGAUCCGUUCACGCGCUGCUUCCAGGAAGAACGCAAGCCGCCAACACCCACUGAGCCAUGUCAACCAUCACCCUGCGGACCCAAUUCCGAGUGCAAGGUGCUCAAUGGCAAUGCAGCCUGCUCGUGCGCAGCCACCUUCAUUGGCACACCGCCCAGCUGCCGGCCCGAGUGCUCCAUCAAUCCGGAAUGUCCGCCGACCAAGGCUUGCAUACGCCAGAAGUGUGCCGAUCCCUGCGUGAAUGCCUGCGGCUUCAAUGCCCUCUGCAAUGUGGCGAAUCAUCAACCCAUCUGCACCUGCGAUGUGGGCCACACAGGAGAUCCGUUCACCGGCUGUCAAAAGGAACAAGAACGCAUUGUCAAUGAACAGGUGACGCCCUGCGAACCCAAUCCCUGCGGCUCGAAUGCCGUGUGCCGCGAGCGCAAUGGGAUCGGCUCCUGCCAGUGCCUGCCCGAUUACUUUGGCGAUCCCUACCAGUCCUGCCGCCCCGAAUGCAUCCGAAACUCAGACUGUCCCACGAACAAGGCCUGCCAGCAGCAGAAAUGUCGCGAUCCCUGCCCCGGCACCUGCGGCACCAAUGCUGACUGCAGCGUUACGAAUCAUCUGCCCACCUGUAUAUGCCGCAUCGGAUACAUAGGUGAUCCCUACCGCUACUGCCAUGUGGAGCCAGCGCAACCUAUCCGUCUGGCCGAACCAACUCAACCCUGUCGCCCCUCGCCGUGUGGCCCCAACUCUCAGUGUCGCGAACUCAACGGCCAGGCCGUCUGCUCCUGCCUCGAGCUGUACAUCGGUCUGCCGCCCAACUGCAGGCCCGAGUGCGUGCUCAGCAGCGAGUGUGCCACGGACAAGGCGUGCAUAAGUCAGCGCUGUCAGGAUCCCUGCCCCGGUACAUGCGGCAUCAAUGCCGAGUGCCGGGUGCGCAACCAUGGUCCACUGUGUCAGUGCCGUCAAGGCUUCACCGGUGAUUCCUUCACCCGUUGCUAUGCCCUGCCACCCCCACCGCCUGUGAUUCAGCGUGUGGACCGUGAUCCCUGCAUGCCAUCGCCCUGCGGCUUGAACAGCCAGUGUCGCAAUGUGCAGGGUGUGCCCUCCUGCUCCUGUCUGCCCGAAUUCCUGGGGGCGCCGCCCAACUGUCGACCCGAGUGCACCAUCAGUGCCGAGUGUGCCUCCAAUCUGGCGUGCAUCCGUGAGAAAUGUAUUGAUCCUUGUCCCGGGUCCUGUGGCUACGGUGCUGAGUGCAAUGUGGUGAAUCACACGCCCAUUUGCGUCUGCCCCGUGGGCUAUACCGGCGAUCCGUUCAGCAGUUGUCGUCUGUCACCACCCGAACCCAUUCAAAGUGAAUAUGUGGAUCCGUGCAACCCCUCGCCGUGUGGUCCCAAUGCGCAGUGCUCCAACGGUGUGUGCAGCUGUUUGGCCGAAUUCCAUGGCGAUCCCUACGCCGGCUGUCGUCCGGAAUGUGUCCUCAACUCGGACUGUGCCAGGGACAAGGCCUGUCUGCGCAGCAAGUGCCACAAUCCCUGCCCGGGAACGUGCGGCGAGAAUGCCAUUUGCGAUGUCAGAAAUCACAUUCCGAUGUGCCGCUGUCCGGAUGGCACCGCUGGCAGUGCCUUCAUACGCUGCUCACCCAUCCAGCAAACGACUGUGGAAACGAAUCCCUGCCGUCCCUCACCCUGCGGACCCAAUUCCCAGUGCCGCGAGAUCAACCAGCAGGCGGUUUGCUCCUGCCUGUCCAAUUAUAUCGGAGCCCCGCCAUCCUGCCGCCCCGAGUGCACCUCGAACGCUGAGUGCGCGCCCUCGCAGGCGUGUCUGAACCAGCGUUGCGGUGAUCCGUGCCCUGGCACCUGUGGCGUGGGUGCCCAGUGUGCUGUGGUCAGCCACAGCCCCUUCUGCACCUGUCCCGAACGCUUCACGGGCAAUCCCUUCAUCCGUUGCCAGCCACAAAUUGAACCCGUGCGUGAUCUUGUCCCAGUCGAACCCUGUCGCCCAUCGCCCUGCGGCCCCUACUCCCAGUGUCGCGCCGUCGGCCAAGAAGCCCCCGCCUGCUCCUGCCUGGAGACGUACAUUGGACGGCCACCGAACUGCCGGCCAGAGUGUGUAACGAGCUCGGACUGCAGCAGCCAGAUGGCGUGUGUCAACCAGAAGUGCGUCGAUCCCUGUCCCGGACGCUGUGGCCUCAAUGCCGAGUGUCGUGUGGUCAGCCAUGCGGUGCAGUGCAUCUGCCAGCAGGGCUACACCGGCGACCCCUUCGUGCAGUGCAGCCCCGAGGUCAUACGCGACAUUGAGAUACGCACGCCGUGCAGCCCCAGUCCCUGCGGACCGAAUGCCGUGUGCCGCGAUCGCCAGGGCGUUGGCUCCUGCCAGUGUCUGCCCGAAUACUUUGGCGAUCCCUAUGCCGGCUGUCGGCCGGAGUGCAUGCUCGACUCGGACUGUCCCUCGAGCAGGGCCUGCCAGCAGCUGAGAUGCCAGGAUCCCUGUCCCGGAACAUGCGGUCUGAAUGCCCAGUGCCAGGUGGUGAACCAUCUGCCGACCUGCAAUUGUCUCGCCGGAUAUGUGGGUGAUCCGUACCGCCAGUGCACGCGACUGCAAGAGCCACCACAAAACGAAUACGUGAAUCCCUGCCAGCCCUCGCCCUGCGGCCCCAACUCCCAGUGUCGUGUGGCCAACGAGCAGGCCGUUUGCUCGUGUCUGCCCCUGUUUGUGGGCACUCCGCCCGCCUGCCGACCCGAGUGCACCAUCUCCUCAGAGUGUCCCAGCCAUCAGGCGUGCGUUAACCAGAAGUGCGUGGAUCCCUGCAGCGGCGACACCUGCGGCAGCAACGCCGUGUGCCGAGUGCGCAACCACAGUCCCAUCUGCAGCUGCCUCAGCGGCUUCACUGGCGAUGCCUUCACGCGUUGCUUCCCCAUUCCACCGCCACCGCCCGAAAGGAUCGAAGAACCACUGCGAGAUCCCUGUCUGCCCACGCCCUGUGGCCCCAAUUCCGAGUGCCGCAACAUCAACGGAGUGCCCGCGUGCUCCUGUCUGGCGAGCUUCAUGGGCCAGGCGCCCAACUGCCGGCCCGAGUGCACCAUCAAUGCCGAGUGCCCCGCCAAUAGGGCGUGCAUCAAUCAGCGGUGUCGCGAUCCCUGUCCAGGGGCCUGCGGCCUGGACGCCGUCUGCAGCGUCAUCAAUCAUACGCCGCUCUGCGCCUGCAUCGAUGGGUACAUCGGCAAUCCGUUCACCAGAUGCAGCCCCAAGCCACCGGAGCCCACAUCCCCGCCACCGGUCAGCGACGAUCCGUGCAAUCCCUCGCCCUGCGGCUCGAAUGCCGUGUGCCGCAACGGCCAGUGCUCGUGUAUACCCGAAUACCAGGGCGAUCCCUAUGUCUCCUGCCGGCCCGAGUGCGUGCUGAACACGGACUGUGCCCGCGACCGGGCCUGUGUGCGCAACAAGUGCAUAGAUCCGUGUCCCGGCACCUGUGGCGUGAACGCCCUCUGCGAGGUGACCAACCACAUACCCAUCUGUCGCUGUCCCGACCGGAUGUCCGGCAACGCGUUCUUCGAGUGUCGUCCCGUGCCGACGGCGCCCAUCGUCCAGCAGAAUCCCUGCCAGCCAACGCCAUGCGGACCCAACAGCCAGUGCCGCGUGGUGCAGAACACGGCCGUCUGCUCCUGCCUGAGCGAUUACGUGGGCAGUCCGCCCCAAUGCCGGCCGGAGUGCGUCACCAACUCGGACUGUCCGGCGGAUCAGGCGUGCCAGAACAUGAAGUGCCGCGAUCCCUGUCCGGGCACCUGCGGCUUCAAUGCUUUGUGCAACGUGGUCAAUCACAGUCCCUUCUGCAGCUGCCCCACAGGCAUGUCCGGCAAUCCGUUCGUUGGCUGCCAGCAGCUGCCACAACGCGACGAUCGACCGCCACAGAAUCCCUGCCAGCCCUCGCCCUGUGGCCCCAACUCCGAGUGCCGCGUCUCCGGAGACUCCCCAUCCUGCUCCUGCCUGCCAGAGUUCGUCGGAGCUCCGCCCAACUGCCAGCCCGAGUGCAUCUCCAGCUCCGAGUGCCCCACCAACAGGGCGUGCAUCAACCAGAAAUGCGUCGAUCCCUGCCCCGGAUUGUGCGGACAGAAUGCCAACUGUCGCGUGUUCAGCCACACGGCCAUGUGCCUGUGCGAGAGCGGCUUCACCGGCGAUCCAUUCACCCAGUGUAGCCCGGUCCGAGACGCCCCCGUGGAGGUGCUGCAGCCCUGCAAUCCCAGUCCCUGUGGCGUCAAUGCCAGGUGCGAGGAGCGCGCUGGAGCCGGCUCCUGCACCUGUCUGCCGGAGUACUUUGGCAAUCCCUACGAUGGCUGCCGCCCCGAGUGUGUCCUGAAUUCCGACUGCCCCUCGAACCGUGCCUGCGUGAAUCAGAAGUGCCGCGAUCCCUGUCCCGGAGUCUGUGGCCAGAGCGCCGAGUGCCAGGUGGUCAAUCAUCUGGCCACUUGCAAUUGUCUGACUGGCUACACCGGAGACCCCUACACCCUGUGCCGCAUCGUCGAGAACGAACCACCCGUACCCAUCUACGUGAAUCCCUGCCAGCCCUCGCCCUGCGGCCCCAACUCGCGUUGCCGCGAGAUCAACGAGCAGGCCGUGUGCUCCUGUCUGCCCGAGUUCAUUGGCAGUGCCCCGGCCUGUCGUCCGGAGUGCACCAGCAGCUCGGAGUGUGCCGCCGACAAGGCGUGUGUGAAUCGCAAGUGCGUCGAUCCCUGUCCGAAUGUGUGCGGCCAGCAGGCCGAGUGUCGCGUUCGCAAUCACAAUCCCAUCUGCAGCUGCCUCAGCGGAUACACCGGAGAUCCGUUCACCCGCUGCUACCGUCAGCCGCCUCCACCCGAGGUGCCCGUUGAAAGAGAACCCCUUGAUCCGUGUGUGCCGUCGCCGUGUGGCGCCAAUUCGCAGUGUCGCGAUGUCUAUGGCACACCCUCGUGCUCCUGCCUGCCGCAGUUCUCGGGCACGCCGCCCAACUGCCGACCCGAGUGCUCCAUCAAUGCGGAGUGUCCUAGCCAUCAGGCGUGCAUCAAUCAGAAGUGCCGCGACCCCUGUCCCGGCUCCUGUGGCCUCAACACCCAGUGCAAUGUGAUCAAUCACACGCCCAUCUGCAGCUGUCUUCUGGGCUACAUUGGGGAUCCAUUCAGCGUUUGUAAUCCCGAGCCACCGCAGAAAAUUCAAGAUCCUCUGCCACCUCAAGAUCCCUGCUAUCCCUCGCCAUGUGGCUCCAAUAGCCGCUGCAACAAUGGCGUCUGCUCGUGUCUGCCCGAGUACCAUGGCGAUCCCUACACCGGCUGUCGGCCCGAAUGUGUCCUGCACACAGAAUGCGAUCGCAGCCGGGCCUGUGUCCGGCACAAGUGUGUGGAUCCCUGCCCCGGCAUAUGUGGCACGAAUGCGAUAUGCGAGGUCUUGAAUCACAUUCCCAAUUGCCGUUGUCCCGCCGAAAUGCAGGGCAACGCCUUCAUCCAGUGCAGCCCAGUGCCACAACUCGAUGUUGUGGAGAAUCCCUGCCAGCCCUCGCCCUGCGGACCCAAUGCCCAGUGCCGCGUGGCCAACCAGCAGGCCAUUUGCUCCUGCAUCGCACCCUUCAUUGGCAGUCCGCCCUUCUGCCGGCCGGAGUGCACCAGCAACGCGGAAUGCCCCUUGAACCUCGCCUGCUUGAACCAGAAGUGCGGCGAUCCCUGUCCGGGCGUCUGCGGCCGCAGUGCCCAGUGCCAUGUGACGAACCACAGUCCGUUCUGUCGCUGCCUGGACCGCCACACGGGCAAUCCCUUCGUCAGCUGCCAGCCGAUCAUUGAGCCGCCAGUGCCGCCGCCUCGCCAGCCAUGCCUGCCCUCACCCUGCGGCGCGUACGCCCAGUGUCGGGAGAUCAAUGAGACGCCGUCGUGCACCUGCCUGCCCGAGUACAUUGGAGCGCCGCCCAACUGUCGACCCGAGUGCGUGACCAGCUCCGAGUGCCCCACCCAGCAGGCGUGCAUCCAGCAGAAGUGCCGCGAUCCCUGUCCCGGUCUGUGCGGCCUCUUGGCCGAGUGCCGCGUGCUCUCGCACACCCCCAGCUGCGUCUGUCCCGAGGGCCUGGAGGGCGAUCCGUUCACCCAGUGCACGGAGAAGAGAAUCCAGCAGCUGGACCGAUUGGACCCAUGCAAUCCCAGUCCCUGUGGCGUCAAUGCGAGAUGCACUUCGCGCCAGGAUGCUGGCUCUUGCCAGUGUCUGCCGGAGUACUUUGGCAAUCCCUACGAGGGCUGCCGCCCCGAAUGUGUCCUCAGCUCGGACUGCCCCUCGAACAGAGCCUGCCAGCAGCAGAAGUGCGAGGAUCCCUGCCCGGGAACCUGCGGCCAGAACGCCAUCUGCAAUGUCCUCAACCACGUGCCCAGCUGCAGCUGCAUCACGGGCUACUCCGGCGACCCCUACCGCCAGUGCCUGCCCGAACGUCAACCCAUCAAGGAGUACCUGAACCCCUGCCAGCCCUCGCCCUGCGGCCCCAAUUCCCAGUGUCGCGAGUCCAACGAGCAGGCCGUGUGCUCCUGCCUGCCCGAAUAUGUGGGUGCACCGCCCGUCUGCCGGCCCGAGUGCACCAUCUCCUCAGAGUGCGCGAAGGACAAGGCCUGCGUGGCCCAGAAGUGCGUCGAUCCCUGUCCGAAUACCUGCGGCGAGCAGGCCACGUGUCGUGUGCUGAACCACAGUCCCAUUUGCACGUGUCGCGCCGGCUACACGGGCGACGCCUUCUAUCGCUGUGUACCCAAGCCCCCUGUGCCAGUGGCCCCGCCAGUGCAAAAGACACCUGUCGAUCCCUGUGUGCCCUCGCCCUGCGGCCCCUAUGCCGAGUGUCGGGCGAAUGGCGAGGCGCCUGCCUGCUCCUGUUCGUUUGGUUACUUGGGCGCUCCGCCCAACUGCCGUCCCGAGUGUCGCAUCAAUGCAGAGUGCCUCAGCCGUGAGGCCUGCAUCAACGAGAAGUGUCGCGAUCCCUGUCCCGGCUCCUGUGGCCUUGGCGCCACUUGCAACGUGAUCAAUCAUACGCCCAGCUGCACCUGUCCGCCGGGCUACACGGGCGAUCCAUUCACCAAUUGCCAGCCCCAACCACCGCCGCCACCACGUAAGCGUCUCCCUCCUGUCCCUCUGGAGGAUCCCUGCCAGCCCUCGCCCUGCGGUGCCAAUGCGCUGUGCAGCGCAGGCGUUUGCACGUGCAUCGCGGAGUAUCAUGGGGACCCGUACAGCGGCUGUCGCCCCGAGUGCAUCACCAGUUUGGACUGCGCCCGGGAUCGGGCCUGUGCGCGUCACAAGUGCUUCGAUCCCUGCCCGGGCACCUGUGCCCCCAAUGCCGUUUGCACGGUCCUCAAUCACGUGCCCAUGUGCACCUGCCCUGAGGGUUAUGCUGGCAAUGCGUUCGUCCAGUGCCAACCAGUGCCACCACCUGCCAUUGUCCAGCCGUGUCAACCCUCGCCCUGUGGCCCCAAUUCUCAGUGCCGUGAGGCGAACGGUCAGGCCGUAUGCUCCUGCGUGCCCGGAUACAUUGGAACGCCGCCGCUCUGUCGUCCGGAGUGCACCUCGAACGCGGAGUGUGUGUCCCUCGAGGCGUGUGUGAACCAGAAGUGCGUCGAUCCCUGUCCGGGUGCCUGCGGCAGGAGUGCCCAGUGCAGUGUCGUCAAUCACAAUCCCUUCUGCACCUGCCUGCCCCACUACACGGGCAAUCCGUUUGUGGGCUGCCAGCAGAUCAUCGAGCCGCCACAGCGAGAGGAAAUAGUUCCACGCGAUCCCUGCCGCCCGUCCCCGUGCGGACCCAAUGCCGAGUGUCGCGCCGUUGGGGACACGCCGUCGUGCUCCUGUCUGCCGCAAUUCGUGGGCACUCCGCCGUACUGCAAGCCGGAGUGCGUGACCAACUCCGAGUGUCCAUCGAAUCGGGCGUGCAUCAAUCAGCAGUGCCGCGAUCCCUGCCCCGGUCUGUGCGGUCUCAGUGCCAUUUGUCGCGUUGUCUCCCACACGGCCAUGUGCGUCUGCGAUGCGGGCCUCACCGGCGAUCCCUUCACCCAGUGCCAGCCGAUUGUGCGCGAUGUGGAGACCAUCAAUCCGUGCCAGCCCUCGCCCUGUGGCUCCAACGCCGAGUGCAUACAACGCAACGGCGCGGGCGCCUGCCAGUGUCUGCCGGAGUACUUUGGCAAUCCCUACGAGGGCUGUCGACCGGAGUGCGUGCUCAACUCGGACUGUGCCGCGAACAGAGCCUGCCAGCAGCAGAAGUGCCGCGAUCCCUGCCCCGGCAGCUGUGGCCAGAACGCCGAGUGCAAUGUCGUCAAUCACACGCCCCUCUGCAGCUGCUUCCCCGGAUUCAUAGGCGAUCCGUAUCGCUACUGCAGCCAGCCGCCAGAACCUAUUGUCCAUGACUACGUGAAUCCCUGCCAGCCCUCGCCCUGUGGCUCCAAUGCCAUUUGUCGCGUGGUCAACGAGCAGGCCGUCUGCUCCUGUGCCCCCGAGUUCGAAGGAGCCCCGCCCAACUGCCGUCCCCAGUGCACCUCCAGCUCUGAGUGUGCCGCCACCAAGGCGUGCAUCAGCUACAAGUGUGCCGAUCCCUGUCCUGGUGUGUGCGGCCAUCAAGCGAUCUGCGAGGUGCGCAACCACAGUCCCGUCUGCAGGUGUCCCCCAGCCCUGAUGGGCGACCCCUUUGUGCGCUGCCUGCCACGACCAGAGAUUGCUCCGCCACCCCUGAGAGAUGUGGCCCCCUACCGCGAUCCCUGUGUACCCUCGCCCUGUGGCCUGUACUCCGCCUGCCGCAACCAGCAGCAGCAGGCUGUCUGCUCCUGCCUGCCCCAAUACUUUGGCACGCCCCCGCACUGCCGACCCGAGUGCUCCAUCAAUGCGGAGUGCCCCAGCCAUUUGGCGUGCAUCCAGCAGCGGUGUCGCGAUCCCUGUCCCGGCGCCUGCGGCCAGCAGACCGAGUGUCGGGUGACCAAUCACGUGCCCAGCUGCCUGUGCCUGCAGGGCUAUGUGGGCGACGCCUUCCUGGCCUGCCACCCCGCUCCACCCCCGCCCACGUACGAUGAGCCGCGCGAUCCCUGCAAUCCCAGUCCCUGCGGCAGCAAUGCCAUUUGCUCGGGCGAGGGACAGUGCCACUGUGUGGCCGACUAUCUGGGCGAUCCCUAUGUCUCCUGCCGACCCGAAUGCGUGCUGAGUGCCGAGUGUCCUCGGCAUCUGGCCUGCAUCCGCCAAAAGUGCACGGACCCGUGUCCCGGCACAUGCGGCCUGAAUGCCAUCUGUGAAGUCCAGAGCCACACAGCCAUGUGCCAUUGUCCCCCCGGAAUGACGGGCAAUGCCUUCGCCCAGUGCAGUCCCAGUCCCGUACGCGAUGCAGUGCCGGUCUAUCGCAAUCCCUGCAGCCCCUCGCCCUGCGGCAGCUACGCCGAGUGUCGCGAGCGGAAUGGCCAGGCCAUCUGCAGCUGCCUGCCCAACUACUUUGGGGUGCCGCCCGCGUGCCGGCCCGAGUGCAGCAGCAACUACGACUGUGCCCCCCAUUUGGCGUGCCAGAACCAGCGCUGUGUCGAUCCCUGUCCGGGCGCCUGUGGCGCCAACGCCCAGUGCCGCGCCGUCAGCCACAGUCCCUUCUGCAGCUGCAGGCCUGGCUACACGGGCAAUCCCUUCGCGCAGUGUCACAUGAUCUUUGAGCCUUUGAGGGAUGUUGCGCCGCGAGAUCCCUGCCAGCCCUCGCCCUGCGGCCCCAACAGCGAGUGUCGCCCCGUGGGCGAGACGCCAUCCUGCUCCUGCCUGGCCAACUUCUUUGGCUCGCCGCCCAACUGCCGGCCCGAGUGCGUGUCCAACUCUGAGUGCAGCUCUGUGCAAGUCUGUGUGAACAAUCGCUGCCGCGAUCCCUGUCCCGGACUUUGUGGCACAUCCGCAGUCUGUCGCGUCAUCAGCCACAGCGCCAUGUGCCACUGCCAGGCGGGCUACAGCGGCGAUCCGUUCAUCCGCUGUGAUCCCAUUGUCGUGCGUGACCCCGUGGAGGUGCUGCAGCCUUGUAAUCCGAGUCCCUGUGGCGCCUUUGCCGAGUGCCGGCAGCAGAAUGGAGUCGGCUCCUGCACCUGUCUGCCCGAAUACUACGGCAAUCCCUACGAGUCCUGUCGCCCCGAGUGCGUCCUGGACUCUGACUGUGCCUCGAACCGUGCCUGCGUGAAUCAGAAGUGCCGCGAUCCCUGUCCCGGAGUGUGUGGCCACAACGCCGAGUGCUAUGUCCGCAAUCAUUUGCCCACCUGCAACUGCCUGAACGGCUACGUGGGCGAUCCCUACAGCUAUUGCAGCAUCGAGACCAAACCCCUUCGUGAGUAUGUGAAUCCCUGCCAGCCCUCGCCCUGUGGCCCCAACUCCCAGUGCCGUGAGUCCGGCGAGCAGGCCGUCUGCUCCUGUCUGCCCGAGUACGUGGGCAGUCCGCCUGGCUGUCGUCCCGAGUGCACGGUCUCCGCGGAGUGCAGCCUGGACAGGGCGUGUGUGCGCCACAAGUGCGUGGAUCCCUGUCCGGGUGCCUGUGGCAACAAUGCCGUUUGCCGUGGCAUGAACCAUGCCCCUCUCUGCUCCUGUCAGCCCGGCUACACGGGAGAUCCAUUCACCCGCUGCUAUCCAGUGCCUCCUCCUACCUCGCAUGUCCUGUACGACAUUGUCAGCGAUCCCUGCCAGCCGUCGCCCUGCGGCGCCAAUGCCCAGUGCAGACAGGCGCAGGGCCAGGCCAUCUGCAGCUGUUAUCCCAACUACUUUGGUCUGCCGCCCAACUGCCGACCCGAGUGCACCCAGAGUGCCGAGUGCCUGUCCAGCCAGGCGUGCAUCAAUCAACGCUGCGCGGAUCCCUGUCCCGGCUCCUGUGCCUACAACGCCCUCUGCACCACCCGCAACCAUGUGCCCAGCUGUCAGUGUCCCGCCCGCUAUGUGGGAGAUCCCUUCACCAGUUGCUACCCCGAACCACCACCACCACCAGCACCCACGCCCAUUGCCCUCGACGAUCCCUGCCAUCCCUCGCCCUGUGGGGCCAAUGCUCAGUGCUCGAACGGUCAGUGUUCGUGUAUUGGGGACUACCAGGGAGAUGCCUACCGCGGCUGCCGUCCGGAGUGUGUCCUGAAUGCGGACUGCUCGCGGGAUCGGGCCUGUGUGCGCCACAAGUGCGUCGAUCCCUGCCCGGGCACCUGUGCCCCCAAUGCCAUUUGCGAGACGAUCAAUCACAUUGCCAUGUGCCGCUGUCCCGAGCGGAUGACGGGCAAUGCCUUCAUUCAGUGCGAGGCCCCAACUGUGGCCCUUACGCCACCCGAUCCGUGUGCCCCGUCCCCGUGCGGCCCCAACAGCCGCUGCCGCGUGUUCAACAACAAUGCCGUCUGCUCCUGCAUCGAGGAUUAUGUGGGCACGCCGCCCAAUUGCCGGCCCGAGUGCAGCCACAACUCGGACUGUCUGCCGCGCCUGGCGUGCCAGCGGCAGCACUGCAGCGAUCCGUGUCCCGGAACCUGUGGCUUCAACGCCCUCUGUCACGUGGUCAAUCACGCGCCAAUCUGCAGCUGUCCGCCGCAACACAAUGGCAACCCAUUCACGGGCUGCUUCCCGGAGCCAGUGCGUCGCGAUGAGCAGCAACCCAGGAACCCCUGCCAGCCGUCUCCCUGCGGCCCCUAUGCCCAGUGCCGGGCUGUGGGCGAUCAGGCACAGUGCAGCUGCCUAGCCAGCUACAUUGGCACGCCGCCCAACUGCCGGCCCGAGUGCGUGGCCAAUUCGGAGUGCAGCUUCGACAGGGCGUGCCUCAGGCAGCGCUGCAGCGAUCCCUGUCCCGGCGUUUGUGGCUCCAAUGCCCAGUGCCAUGCGAUCAGCCAUGCCGCCAUGUGCCACUGCCUGCCCGGCUACACGGGCGAUCCAUUCAGCGCCUGCCACCAGCCGCCGAUCCUCCAACAGAUCGAAUAUGUCCAGCCCUGCUCGCCGAAUCCCUGCGGGGCCAAUGCCGUGUGUCGCCACGAGGGCAGUGCCGGCUCCUGCCAGUGCCUGCCCGAGUACUACGGCAAUCCGUACGAGGCCUGUCGACCCGAGUGUCUGGCCGACAGCGACUGUCCGGCGGAUAGGUCCUGCCAUCAGCUGAAGUGCCGCGAUCCCUGCCCCGGGGUCUGUGCCCUGAACGCCGCCUGUCGCGUCAUCAAUCACCUGCCCACCUGUCACUGUCUCAGCGGAUUCCUGGGCGAUCCCUACAGCUACUGUCGUCUGCCCGAGAAACCCAUUCUCAAGGAGUAUGUGAAUCCCUGCCAGCCCUCGCCCUGUGGCCCCAACUCGCAGUGUCGGGAGAGCAACGAGCAGGCCAUCUGCUCGUGCCAGCCGGAAUACGUGGGUGCGCCGCCCAACUGUCGUCCGGAGUGCGUCUCGAAUGGCGAGUGUCCGCGUGACAAGGCGUGCCUCAGCCAAAAGUGCGCCGAUCCCUGUCCCGGAGUGUGCGGCUCCAAUGCCGAGUGUCGUGUCUUCCAGCAUGCCCCCAUCUGUAGCUGUCGUUCCGGGCUGACGGGCGACGCCUUCACCCGUUGCCUGCCCCUGCCACCACCCAUUGCCCCGCUCUUGGAUGUCGAUCGCGAUCCCUGUGUGCCCUCGCCCUGCGGCCAGUAUGCGCAGUGUAGGGACAACCGAGGCAGUGCCACCUGCACCUGCCUGCCCUCGUACUACGGCACUCCGCCCAACUGUCGGCCCGAGUGCACCAUCGCCGCGGACUGUCCCUCCCAUUUGGCGUGUGCCAAUCAACACUGUCGCGAUCCCUGCCCGGGAGCCUGUGGCUUCAAUGCCCACUGCACGGUGAUCAACCAUAGUCCCACGUGUCAGUGUGCGCCCGGGCUGAUUGGAAACCCAUUCGCAUCCUGCCAUGCGCGGCCACGCGACCCCCCACCACCAGAACGUGACACCAGCGAUCCCUGCGCCUCGAUUUCGUGUGGCGCCAAUGCCGUCUGCCGCCUGGGAAGUUGCAGCUGUCUGCCCGAGUUCAUUGGCAAUCCCCUGAUUGGCUGCCGACCCGAGUGCAUCCUGAGCGCGGAAUGCGACUGGGACAAGGCGUGCGUGCGGAACAAGUGCGUCGAUCCCUGUCCCGGCACGUGCGGGUCCAGUGCCAUCUGUGAGGUUCACCGACACGUGGCCAUGUGCCACUGUCCCCCGGGAAUGACGGGCAAUGCCUUCUCGCAGUGUCGAGCUCUGCCGCCGGCACAGGAUCCGCCCAUCAUCGUCGAUCCCUGCCAGCCCUCGCCUUGCGGACCAAAUGCCCAGUGCCGCCGCAUCAAUGGCCAGGCCGUGUGCUCGUGCCUGCCACAGUUUGUGGGCACACCACCCUCCUGCCGUCCCGAGUGCGUCAGCAACGGGGAAUGUCCGCUGCACUUGGCGUGUCUGCAGCAGCGGUGUCGCGAUCCCUGUCCCGGAUCCUGCGGCCUCAAUGCCGACUGUCGCGUGAUCAACCACAGUCCCAACUGCCAGUGCAUCCCAUCGUUCACGGGCAAUCCGUUCGUGGCCUGCCACCGCCAAGUGCCGCCCCCUCUGCUGCUGGAUCCCUGCCAACCCUCGCCGUGUGGCGCCAAUGCCGAGUGUCGCGUCCAAGGAACCACCGCCCAGUGCAGCUGCCUGGCUGGAUUUGUGGGCACACCACCCGACUGCCGACCGGAAUGCGUCUCCAACUCCGACUGUCCCACGAAUCUGGCCUGCCGCAACCAAAAGUGCCGCGAUCCCUGCCCCGGAGUCUGUGGCCAGAACGCCGAGUGCUACGUGAUCAAUCACACGCCCAUGUGCACGUGUCUGGCUGGAUACAAUGGCAAUCCCUUUGCCGGCUGUCAGGUGCUGGUGCGCGAUGUACCAGAGACGCCGCUCAAUCCGUGUGUGCCCAGUCCGUGCGGCGCCAAUGCUCUGUGCAGCGAACGGAAUGGAGCAGGCGCAUGCCAGUGCCUGCCAGAGACCUAUGGCAAUCCCUACGAGGGCUGUCGUCCCGAGUGUGUCCUCAACACGGACUGCCCCAGCCAUUUGGCGUGUGUGAAUCAACACUGCCGCGAUCCGUGUCCCGGCAGCUGCGGCUCCAACGCCCUGUGCCAGGUGCGCCACCAUCUGCCGCAGUGCCAGUGCCUGGCGGGCUACCAGGGCAAUCCCUACACCCACUGCAGUCUCCAGCGCGAUCCCCUGCCCGAGCCCAUUGCCUCCCGUCCUUGCCAGCCCGCGCCCUGCGGACCCAAUGCCCAGUGCCGUGAGGCGAAUGGUCAAGCCAUUUGCAGCUGCCUGCCAGACUUUGUGGGCUCCCCGCCCGCGUGCAGGCCCGAGUGCACCAUCUCCAGCGAGUGCGACCUGAACAGGGCCUGUGUGCAGCACCACUGCGUGGAUCCCUGUCCCGGCAUCUGCGGCAGCAACGCCCAGUGCCGUGUCCUCAACCACAGUCCCCACUGCAGCUGUCUGCCCGGCUACACGGGCGAUGCCUUCAGUGGCUGUCAGAAGAUCCGAGCAGCCAUUAGCUAUGAUGCCCCGCCCAAGGACAGCUACCGCGACCCGUGUGCCCCCUCGCCGUGCGGCACCUUUGGCCAGUGCAGGGAUCAGGGCAACCAGCAGGCCCUGUGCUCCUGUCUGCCCGGAUACUUUGGCGUCCCGCCCCAGUGCCAGCCGGAGUGUGUGAUCAAUCCCGACUGCGCCUCGCACCUGGCCUGCAUUGGCGAGAAGUGCCGCGAUCCCUGUCCCGGCUCCUGUGGCCUGCUGGCCCACUGCAACGUCAUCAAUCACACGCCCAUCUGCAGCUGUCCGCCUGGCCAUCAGGGCAAUCCCUUUGUCAGCUGCCGACCCCAACCGCCGCCGUCUCCGGUUCCCGUGCUGCGCGACGCCUGCAACCCCUCGCCCUGCGGCCCCAAUGCCGUCUGCAGUGCCGGCGGGCAGUGCAGCUGUCUGGCGGAGUUCGACGGCAACCCCUAUGUGGGCUGUCGCCCGGAGUGUGUCCUGAAUACAGAGUGUGCCCGGGACAGGGCCUGCCAGCGCAGCAAGUGCGUGGAUCCCUGUCCGGGCGCCUGUGGUGUGGGCGCCGUUUGUGAGGUGCGCAACCACAUCCCCAUCUGUCGCUGUCCGGCCGGAACGAGCGGAAACGCCUUCACCCAGUGCACGACCAUCCAAUCUGCUCCCGCGGAGUCACUGAAUCCGUGCCAGCCCUCGCCCUGCGGAUCGAAUGCCCAGUGCCGCGUGGCCAACCAGCAGGCCGUCUGCUCCUGCCUGAGCGGAUACUUUGGGGUGCCGCCCGCGUGCCGACCCGAGUGCACCAUCAACUCGGACUGUGCCCCCCACCUGGCGUGCCUCAAUCAGCAGUGUCGCGAUCCCUGUCCCGGUGCCUGCGGUCAGUUUGCCAACUGCCAGGUCAUUCGCCAUGUGCCCCACUGCAGCUGUCCCGCCGGAUACACGGGCAAUGCCUUCGCCCUGUGCCAGCGCACGCCACCGGCGAUUGUGCAGCGGGAACCCCUGCUGCCCUGCCAGCCAUCCCCGUGCGGAUCGAAUGCCCAGUGCACGGAACAAGGCGAUCAAGCCGUCUGCAAGUGCCUCGAGGGCCACAUAGGAUCGCCGCCCAACUGUCGACCCGAGUGCAUAACAUCGUCCGAGUGCCCCAACCAAUUGGCGUGCAUCCGGCGGAAGUGCCGCGAUCCGUGUCCCGGCUUGUGCGGACAGGCAGCCCGCUGCCAGGUGGUGAGCCAUGUGCCCGCGUGCCUCUGCAUUGGCGACUACAUCGGAGACCCGUACACGGCCUGCCGGCCACGACCACCGAUCGAACGCGAUCAGAUCAAUCCGUGUGCGCAGAGUCCGUGCGGCAGCAAUGCCAUCUGCAGACAGCAGAGCGGAGCUGCGGCCUGCCAGUGCCUGCCGGAGACCUAUGGCAAUCCGUACGAGGGCUGCCGACCCGAGUGUGUGCUCAACUCGGACUGUGCGGGCCACUUGGCCUGCUUGAAUCAACAUUGUCGCGAUCCCUGUCCCGGCAGCUGUGCCCCCAAUGCCCAGUGCCAGGUCGUGAGUCACAUACCCAGCUGUAGCUGCUAUCCCGGCUACAGAGGGGAUCCCUAUACCCAUUGCCAGGCGGUGCCUGUCCAGGCGGAACCCGUCGAUCCCUGCCGCCCCUCGCCGUGUGGCCCCAACUCUGAGUGUAGCGUAGCCCAGGGACAGGCUGUCUGUCGCUGCCUGCCCGAAUACUACGGCACUCCGCCCGCCUGUCGACCCGAAUGCACCACCAAUCCCGAGUGUCCGCAGGACAGGGCCUGCGUGGCCAGACACUGCGCCGAUCCGUGUCCGGGUGCCUGUGGCCAGAAUGCCAUUUGUCAGGCGCACCAACACCGAGCCCUCUGCUCCUGUCCGCCCGGCUACACCGGCGACGCCUUCAUGCGAUGCCUCCCGUUGCCCCCGCCGCCCCAGCCACCCAUUCGACAGCAGUCGUCCCCUGCUCCCGUAGAUCCCUGCGUGCCCUCGCCCUGCGGACAGUAUGCCCAGUGUCGCGAGCAGUACGGACAAGGUGUGUGCACCUGUCUGGACUCCUACUACGGCACCCCGCCCCACUGCCGCCCCGAGUGCACCCUCAACUCGGACUGUCCCAGCCAUCGGGCGUGCAUCAACCAGAAGUGUCGGGAUCCCUGUCCCGGCGCCUGCGGCCUGUACGCCCAGUGUGCGGUCCUCAACCAUGUCCCCAGCUGCUCCUGUCCGCAAGGAUACCUCGGAGAUCCCUUCUACCGCUGCUAUCCAGCGCCAACCCCAUCGCCAGUGGCUCCCAUUGUGGCCGAAGACGAUCCCUGCCACCCCUCGCCCUGCGGCCCCAAUGCUCAGUGCUCGAACGGCGUCUGCAGCUGUCUGCCACUCUACCAGGGCGAUCCCUACGCGGGCUGUCGUCCCGAGUGCGUGCUGAGCACAGAGUGCCCCUGGGACAAGGCCUGCAUACGCAAUCGCUGCCUCGAUCCGUGUCCGGGAACUUGUGGCUCCGGCGCCUACUGCCGCGUCCACAGCCAUGUGGCCCUGUGUCACUGUCCGGAUGGCCAGCAGGGAAAUCCGUUCGUGCUGUGCCAGCCCGUCCAGCGGCAGGAUGCAGCGCCCACUCAGCUGCAUCCCUGCCAGCCAUCGCCCUGCGGCGCCCAUGGACAGUGUCGCGAGAUUGGCUCUCGGGCGGAAUGCACCUGCCUGCCCGGCUACUACGGCAGUCCGCCCGUCUGUCGCCCGGAGUGCGUCAGCGACCCGGAGUGUCCCCCCAGCCUGUCGUGCGUGAAUCAAAGGUGCCGCGACCCUUGUCCCGGCGCCUGUGGCUACCUCGCCCAAUGUCACGUGAUCAGCCACAGUCCGCAGUGUGUUUGCCCGUCGGGCUACACGGGCAGUCCGUACUCCCAGUGCCAGCUGAUCCGUAGAGCUCCCGUGCAGCGGGAGCCCAUCGAUCCCUGCCAGCCCUCGCCCUGCGGCCCCCACUCGCAGUGCAGCAACGAGGACGGCCUCAACGCCAUCUGCCGCUGCCUGCCCGAGUAUGUGGGCGUGCCGCCGUACUGCCGGCCGGAGUGCAUUGCCAACAGCGAGUGUCCCGGCGACAGGGCGUGCAUCAACUGGAAGUGCCAGGAUCCCUGUCCCGGCCUCUGCGGCUACAACGCCAUCUGCCGGACGUACAAUCACCAGCCGAACUGUGUCUGUGCCCCGGGCCUGGUGGGCAAUCCGUUCAGCUCGUGUCUGCCACCAGCACCUCGGCCCUCCUACGCGUCCCCGUCCCCCCCCGUGAUACCCACAACGGCCAUUGAGGUACUGCAACACGAUCAGCCCCUGCGCAAUCCGUGCGAGCCGAAUCCCUGCGGGGCCAAUGCUCGAUGCAGUCAGCAGAGGGGCGCUGCCUCCUGCGUCUGCUUGCUGGACUACUACGGCAAUCCGUACGACGCCUGCCGGCCCGAGUGCAUCCUCAAUUCCGACUGUCCCUCGGACAGGGCGUGCGUGCAGCAAAAGUGUCGCGACCCGUGCCCGGGCACCUGCGGCCUCAACGCCCAGUGCCACGUGCUGGAUCACUUGCCCCAUUGCCAGUGCCUCAGCGGCUACACGGGCAACCCGCUGGCCUACUGUGCCCCGCAGCCCCUUGUCCAGGAAUCACCCCUGACCCCGUGUGAUCCCUCGCCCUGUGGACCCAAUGCCCGGUGUCAGCCGUCGAACGACCAAGCCGUCUGCUCCUGUCUGCCCGACUUCCAUGGCACCCCGCCCCAAUGUCGACCCGAGUGCACUUUGAACUCAGAGUGUGCCCUCGACAGGGCGUGCGUCCAUCGCAAGUGCAUCGAUCCCUGUCCCGGAACCUGCGGCUUAAAUGCCGACUGUCGGGUGCACUACCACAGUCCCAUCUGCUACUGCAUCGCCGCGCACACCGGUGAUCCGUUCAGCCGCUGCUACGAGCUACCCACCAGACCGCCGACAGCCGAACGACCCCAACAGAUAUACGACACUCCAUCGCCACCCUAUCCGGUGGCUAUACCCGGAUUGGUGUACAUCCAGCAACAGCAGCCGGGAAUCGUCAACAUUCCCAACCAACCGCCGAGGCCACAGUCCCCUCCACAACAGCCAGGAGUCGUAAACAUCCCAACGUAUCCCUCACCCCAAACACCGAUCCAACAACAGCCUGCAGUUGUAAAUAUACCUGCAGGGGCUCGGCCAGUGUAUCCCACACCUCAGCCGCCGUUCUACGAUGUGAAUUAUCCAUCUCCAACUCCACAACAACCUGGAGGAAUAGUGAAUAUACCCUCGGUGCCACAGCCUGUGCCUGCUGUUCCCCAACGUCCAGUCUUUAUACCAUCUGCACCACAGCCUGGAGUAGUGAAUAUUCCCUCCGUGCCACAGCCAGGGUAUCCAUCACCCCAGCCACCAGUUUACGAUGUGAAUUACCCAACGCCUCAGACGCCGAUUCAGCAGGCACCAGGAAUUGUGAAUAUUCCUUCAGUGGCGCAGCCUGCACCACCCCAGCCGGGAGUGAUUAACAUUCCGUCGGUGCCACAGCCACAGCCAGGCUAUCCAGGAGUCGUAAACAUCCCUUCGGUGCCACAGCCUGUGUACCCAUCACCCCAGCCACCGAUCUACGAUGUUAGUUAUCCAACGACUCCUCAACGUCAACCUGCACCCGGAAUAGUGAACAUUCCUUCCGUGCCACAACCGACACCUGCACCACAGCCGGGAGUGAUUAAUAUUCCCUCCGUGCCGCAACCGAUCCCGCCUUCUCAUCAACCUCCCGUCUAUGUGGAAACACCCAUGAACCCUGUGCCACCUGCACCGCCACAUCCGGGAGUGAUUAAUAUUCCCUCUGUGCCGCAGCCUGUGCACCCUCCCCCCAUCCAUGAUGUCACAUAUUCCACGCCUCAGACACCGAUCUCUGAGAGGCCUGUUGGUGUAGUAAAUAUACCUUCAGUGCCGCAGCCAGUGCAUCCCACACCUCCGGCGCCAGUGUACGAUGUCAACUAUCCCACGCCACACACUCCAGUGCCCCAGAGGCCUGGCAUAGUGAACAUCCCAUCUGUGCCGCAGCCAGCGCCACCCGUGUCGCAGCGUCCAGUAUUUAUACCCUCGCCAGCGAACCCUGUGUCACCUGCACCACAGCCGGGAGUGAUCAAUGUUCCCUCUGCGCCGCCACAACCAGUGUAUGCCACGCCUCAGCCGCCGAUUGUGCAGCGUCCUGCCAUAUACGACGUGUACUAUCCACCGCCUCCGUCGGUACCAGGUGUCAUCAAUAUUCCCUCACCCCCACGGCCAGUGUACCCGGUGCCCCAGCAGCCCAUCUAUGUGCCAGCACCAGCACCAGCUCCUAUUCCCCGACCACAACCACAGCCGGGCGUAGUAAACAUCCCUUCAGUGCCACAGCCCACGUACCCAACACAGAAUCCACCCAUCCAGGACGUCAGUUAUCCAAUACGUCAACCAAAUCCUGUACCGGGAGUUAUAAACGUGCCCUCUGUGCCACAACCAACUCCCGUGGCACAUCCUGCGCCUGGAGUGAUCAAUAUUCCCUCACAACCGUCGCCACCGAGCUAUGUACCAACUCCCGGAGUGGUUAACAUUCCUUCAGUACCACAGCCCACGUAUCCGUAUCAGAAUCCACCCAUCCACGAUGUUAGCUACCCGACACCACAGCCAAAUCCUCCUCCUGCACCAGGAGUUGUGAAUAUUCCAUCUGUGCCGCAGCCAGUGCCUUCGCCGAUCCCUGGUGUGAUCAAUAUUCCCUCGCAACCAUCACCACCGACAGCUGUAGAAAGGCCUGGAGCUAUCAACAUUCCUUCAGUGCCACAGCCCACGUAUCCCACACAGAAUCCACCUAUCCAGGACGUCACUUACCCUGUACCAACUCCUGUGCCUGGUGUGAUCAAUAUACCAUCACAACCGUCGCCACCGAUUUAUGUACCAACUCCCGGAGUGGUAAACAUUCCUUCGGUGCCACAACCUACUCCCGCGGCACCUCAACAGCCUGUGUACGAUGUGAACUACGAGAUUCAGAGACCGCAACCACAGCCCACACCUGGAAUUAUCAACAUACCAGCCGUGGCACAACCAGCAACCACUCGUCGGCCCAACUAUGAUGUGGCGAGACCCGUGUUCGAGUUCAAUCCCUGCUAUCCAUCGCCCUGCGGACCGUACUCGCAGUGCCACAAUCGCUUUGGAGCGGCCGCCUGCGUGUGUCUGCCCAACUACAGUGGAACCCCUCCCAACUGCCGGCCGGAAUGUGUCGUCCAAUCGGACUGCCCCUCGGCGCUGGCGUGCAUCAGUGAGAAGUGUCGCGAUCCCUGCCCGGGAUCCUGUGGCUAUGAGGCAGUGUGUCGAGUGCACGAACAUGUGCCUCAUUGCUUCUGUCGCUCCGGCUACACAGGAGAUCCAUUCGUGUCCUGCCAACCCACGCCGAUACAGCAUGAAGAGCCCAUAGUCCAGAAGGAUCCCUGUUAUCCCUCAAUAUGCGGAGCCAAUGCGGUGUGUCAUGAUGGAAAAUGCAGCUGCCUGCCGGAGUAUCGGGGCGAUCCCUACUUUGGCUGUCGUCCAGAGUGUGUCCUGAACACGGAGUGUGCGCGGGACAAGGCCUGCGUCAAUCAGAAGUGCCAGGAUCCAUGCCCAGGAACCUGUGGACUGAACGCCCUCUGCCAUGUCUACAACCACUUGGCGACCUGCUCGUGCCCGGAGCGAAUGCGGGGCGAUGCCUUUGUGCGCUGCGAUCCCAUACCAGCCCCAAUAGAGCCACCUCCAACGACAUUGCCCGCUGUGAUACCACAGCGCGAACCAAUCGAUCCCUGCCGACCUUCGCCAUGCGGACCCAACGCCAACUGCCGGGCCUAUCACGAGCAGGCGAUAUGCUACUGUCUCCCGGGAUACGUGGGCACUCCACCCGCCUGUCGUCCCGAGUGCACCUCGAACUCCGACUGUGCUCUGGACAAAUACUGCCUGAAUCUCAAGUGUCGCGAUCCCUGCCCGGGGGCAUGCGGCCUGCGGGCCAUCUGCCACGUGCAGAGCCACAGUCCCCGCUGCCUGUGUCCGCCCCAUCUCACGGGUAACCCCUUGCUAUCGUGUCAGCCCAUAGUUUUGCCACCACCUCCCCGCGACGAAGUAAACCCAUGCCUGCCCUCGCCCUGUGGCCCCCACUCUGAAUGUCGGGCGACGCCAGACGGCUCUGCCCGCUGCUCGUGUCUGCCACAGUACGCCAGGGGCACCCCACCCCACUGUCGGCCCGAGUGUGUGAGCAGCGCUGACUGCCCCGCCGACAAGGCGUGCCGCAAUUACAAGUGCAUCGAUCCCUGCCCCGGCAGCUGCGGCCAACUGGCUCUCUGUCGUGUGGUGGCCCACAGUCCCAUCUGCCACUGCCCCGAGGGCUAUGUGGGCGAUGCCUACAGCAUUUGUGCACGUCCCGAGCCGCCCGUGAGGGAUGUGGCUGUGGCUGUGCCUUGCCAGCCCAGUCCCUGUGGCAUCAAUGCCAUUUGUCGGCCCCACCAUGACCUGAGCGUGUGCCAGUGCCUGCCCGACUAUUACGGCAAUCCGUAUGAGAUCUGUCGGCCCGAGUGUACAGUGAACUCGGAUUGCAGCAGCGACCGGGCUUGCCUCGGCGAGAAGUGUCGCGAUCCCUGUCCCGGUGCCUGCGGCCCCAAUGCCCGUUGUGUGGCCAUAAAUCACAGCCCCGUCUGCGAGUGCCAUGGGGGUUAUAUUGGCAAUCCCUAUCUCGCAUGUCGUCGGCUGCAGCACGAACCCACGCCACCGGAAUACGUGAAUCCCUGCCAGCCAUCGCCGUGCGGUGCCAAUGCCCAGUGUCGCGAGUCCCAGGGCCAGGCCAUAUGCUCCUGCCUGCCCGAGUUUGUGGGCACGCCGCCCGCCUGCCGUCCCGAGUGUGUGAUCAGUGCCGAGUGCGCCGCGGACAAGGCGUGCAUCAAUCAGAAGUGCCAGGAUCCCUGUCCCGGCGCCUGUGGCCUGAGUGCCCAGUGCCAUGUGCGGAAUCACAGUCCGCUAUGCUCGUGUCUGCCCGGAUUCACGGGCGAUGCGUUGACCCGCUGUCUGCCCAAUCCCCCACCGCCAAAGCCAGCCAAGUCGGAGGACCCGCCACGCGAUCCCUGCUAUCCCUCGCCCUGCGGUCCCUACGCCCAGUGUCGGGCGGUGAACGGAGGAGCCAGCUGCAGCUGCCUGCCCAACUAUGUGGGCACUGCGCCCAACUGCCGGCCCGAGUGCACCAUCAAUGCGGAGUGCCCCAGCAACCAGGCGUGCAUCAACGAGAAGUGCCGCGAUCCCUGUCCCGGCUCCUGUGGCUUUGCCGCCCUCUGCAACGUGAUCAAUCAUACGCCCAGCUGCUCGUGUCCCAGCGGCUAUACCGGAGAUCCAUUCACCAGCUGCCGGAUUGUGCCGCCCACCCCACCGCCGACGACUCCGAUCUCCGAUCCCUGCCAGCCGUCUCCGUGCGGCGCCAAUGCCCAGUGCCGCGAUGGCCAGUGCUCGUGUCUGCCCGAAUAUCAGGGUGAUGCGUACACCGGCUGCCGGCCCGAGUGCGUCCUCAACUCAGACUGCCCGAGGAACCGGGCCUGUGUGCGGCAGAAGUGCGUGGAUCCCUGCCCCGGAAACUGUGCGCCGAACGCCCUCUGCGAUGCCGUCAACCACAUUGCGAUGUGCCACUGUCCCGAGCGGAUGACGGGCAAUGCCUUUGUCUCCUGCUCCCCGCUGCGCGACGAGCCCCCAGCGCGCCCGGCCAAUCCCUGCCAGCCAUCGCCAUGCGGAGCCAACGCCCAGUGCCUGGAGCGAAACGACGUGGCCAUCUGCUCCUGUCUGGCGGGCUACUUCGGUCAGCCGCCCAACUGCCGACCGGAGUGCUACGCCAGCUCCGACUGCGCCCAGGUGCACGCCUGCAUCAACCAGAAGUGUGUGGAUCCCUGUCCCGGCCAGUGCGGCCUCAAUGCCGUAUGCCAGGCGGUGCAGCACAGGGCCCACUGCGAGUGCACUGCCGGCUACACCGGCAAUGCCUACUCCCAGUGUCGUCUGCUGGUUGUGCAUAGACCCGUGUCCAAUGCUGUGCGCGAUCCGUGCUACCCAUCGCCCUGCGGCCCCAACUCCCAGUGCAGCAAUGAGAAGGGUCAGGCGCAGUGCCGCUGCCUGCCAGAGUUCCAGGGCACGCCCCCCAACUGCCGACCCGAGUGUGUCAGCAACGACGAGUGCCCCACCAGUCUGGCGUGCAUCAAUCAGCGGUGCAGCGAUCCCUGUCCCGGCAGCUGUGGCCAGAACGCCCUGUGCGUGGUCCGGCUGCACACACCCAACUGUCAGUGCCCCAGCGGCAUGACCGGGGAUCCCUUCCGCCUGUGCCAAAAGCCACCACUGCAAGAGCCGCCAGCAGCAGCCACCCCGAAGAACCCCUGCUAUCCAUCGCCCUGCGGCACCAAUGCCAACUGCCGCGUGACCGGCCAGAGCUUUGUGUGCGAGUGCAGCCAGCCGGAGUACAUUGGCAAUCCCUACGAGGGCUGCCGCCCCGAGUGCGUGGGCAACUCCGAGUGCCCGGCGAACCGGGCCUGUGUGCGCAACAAGUGCGUGGAUCCCUGUCCGGGCGUCUGCGGCCUCGAGGCGAGGUGCAACAUGAACAACCACAUACCGAUCUGCUCCUGUCCGACGGGCUACACGGGCAACGCCUUUGUGCAGUGCACGCGCCUGCUGGCGCCGCCGCCCGUCUCCGAUCCGUGCUACCCCUCGCCGUGCGGACCCAAUUCCGUGUGUCGCGUGCAGAGCGAGAAGGCCGUGUGCGAGUGCCUGCCAGGAUUCUUUGGCAAUCCGCUGGCCCAGGGCUGUCGCCCGGAGUGCACCCUGAGCUCGGACUGUGCCAAGGACAGGGCCUGCAUCAAUGCCAAGUGCGUGGAUGCCUGUGUGGGCGAGUGCGGCUACGGAGCCGUGUGCCAGACCAUCAACCACAGUCCCGUCUGCAGCUGCCCCGCCAACAUGGUGGGCAAUCCGUUCGUCCAGUGCGAGGCACCGCGCCAGGCGGAGCCAGUGGAUCCCUGCAACCCGUCACCCUGCCGCAGCAACGGCAUCUGCCGCGUCCACAACGGCGCUGCCACCUGCAGCUAUCCCGAGUGCGUGAUCAACGAGGACUGCUCCCGCGAUCGCGCGUGCGUCAGCCAGAAGUGCCGCGAUCCCUGUCUGCAGGCCUGCGGCCUCAACGCCAUCUGCCGCGCCAUCAACCACAAGGCUGUCUGCAGCUGUCCGCCCGACUUCUACGGCUCGCCGUACGCCCAGUGCCUGCGGCAGAUACCGCCGCAGCUGGAGCAGCCCAAGCAGCCGCAGCCGGAGUGUGUCAGCGAUGCGGAGUGCACCAACGACAAGGCCUGCAUCAACCAGGCCUGCCGCAAUCCCUGCGAGCAGUCGAAUCUGUGCGCCCCACAGGCCCGCUGCCACGUCCAGCUGCACCGGCCGCUGUGCGUCUGCAACGAGGGCUACACGGGCAAUGCCCUGCAGCACUGCUACCUGCUCGGCUGUCGCUCCGACACCGAAUGCGCCCCCACCGAGGCCUGCAUCAACGAGAAGUGCGUGGAUCCGUGCGGCUUCACCCAGUGCGGCACAGGAGCCACCUGUCGCGCCGACUUCAACCAUCGCGCGCGCUGCCACUGUCCGGAUGGAUACCGCGGCAAUCCGCUGGUGCGCUGCGAGCGGCCCGAGUGCCGCAGCGACGACGAGUGCUCCUUCCAUUUGGCCUGCCGCAACGAGAGAUGCGAGGAUCCGUGCAGCUGCGGCAUCGCUGCCCAGUGCCGUGUGGACAACCAUCGCGCCCAGUGCCGCUGCCCGGCGGGCUUCAGUGGCAAUCCCGCCGUACGCUGUGACCUGGUGCCCGUGCAGCCCGAGGGCUGCACCAUGGACGCCGAGUGUCCCAGCCGGCUGGCCUGCUUCUCCGGCCAAUGCCAGAACCCUUGCGCCGUCACCCAUCCGUGCGGGGCCAACGCCAUCUGCGAUGUGGUCGACACACUGCCCCUGCGCACCAUGACGUGCCGCUGUGAGCCCGGCUAUGUGGGUGAUGCUGACAUUGGAUGUCGCAAAGAACCCGCUCAAGAUCUGGGCUGCACAUCGCACGAUCAGUGCCAGGACACGGAAGCCUGUCGCGCUGGCAACUGUGUCAAUCCCUGCCUGGAUGGCUCACCGUGCGCCCGCACAGCCCAGUGCCUGGCCCAGCAGCAUCGCGCCAUUUGCAGCUGCCCGCAAGGCACCCAAGGCGAUCCCUUUACCAACUGCUACCAGCCACCACAAAUCACAGCUGGCUGCGCACACGACUCGGAGUGCACACCGACGACGGCGUGCAUCAAUAAGCGUUGCCAGGACCCGUGUGCCGAGGCCAAUCCCUGUGCCGGCAAUGCCGAAUGUCGUGUGCAAAACUCACGUCCCAUAUGCUACUGUCCCGCUGGCUGGGGCGGUGAUCCGCAAGUCCAAUGCUACAAACCUGAAUGCAAAAUAAAUGCGGAUUGUCCCUACGACAAGGCUUGUCUGAACGAGAACUGCGUGAAUCCGUGCACCCAUGGACAGGUGCGUUGCGGCAGUGGAGCCGAGUGCUUGCCGCAGAAUCACCAGGCUGUCUGCAGCUGUCCGGCCGGCACUCAGGGCAGUCCCUUCGUGGCCUGCAUAACCGGCCACUGCCAGUACAACGAAGACUGUGCCGAUCACGAGGCCUGCGAUCGCCUCAACCGCGUUUGCCGGCCCGUCUGCGAGCAGGAGACCUGCGCCUUGAACGCCAUCUGUGUGGGACGACGCCAUCAGCCGCAGUGCGAGUGCCGUGCGGGCUACCAGGGCAAUCCGUUUGUCCAGUGCGAUAUGCCGCAGCGCACCCCACAGUCGCCGGAGUGCACCCAGGAUGCCGAGUGUCCCUCGAAGCUGGCGUGCAUCAACGAACGCUGUGCCGAUCCGUGCGCCACUCCGCAUGUGUGCAGCCCCCAGCAGACGUGUGCCGUGCUCGAUACCCUGCCGUUGCGCACCAUGAUCUGCAAGUGUCCCAGCGACACGGUCACCGAUAGCUCCGGCAACUGUGUGGCCAUCAGGCGACCCAUUGCCCCGCCCAGCGGUGGCUGCCAGCACAGCUCCGAGUGCGCCAAUCCCGAGGUCUGUUCGAACGGCAACUGCCUGGACGCCUGCCGCCUCGAGAAGUGCGGCGUCAAUGCGCAGUGCACCUCGCGGGAUCACUACGCCCAGUGCAGCUGUCCAGCUGGCUACCAGGGCAAUCCCCGCAUCGAGUGCUACUCCACGGAGAUCGGACUGCCCAAGAGUCCAGAGCCGGGCUGCACGCGUGACGACGACUGCCCCAGGGACAAGACAUGCCGCAACGAACUGUGUGUGAGUCCCUGUGCUGCGGAUGCGUGCGGCAUCGGUGCCUACUGCCAUGUGCAGCAGCGGAAGGCCAUCUGCCGCUGUCCGCCCGGCUACACGGGCGAUCCCAAGGAACGCUGUCUGCCACCUUCCGAUGUGAUAACCGUGGGCUGCAAGUCCAGCAGCGAUUGUCCCGUGACGGAGACCUGCAUCAAUGCCCAGUGCAUCAGUCCGUGCAACUGCGGACCGAAUGCCGAGUGCAGCGUGAAGAACCAUCAUCCCAUCUGCUACUGCAAGCCAGGAUUCUCCGGGAAUGCCCAGUUCGGCUGUGCGGCCAUCGGCUGCCAGUCGGAUGACGAGUGCAGCGGCGACAAGCAGUGCUUGAAUCGCGAGUGCAUCAGCCCCUGCCUGGUGGUCGAUCCCUGCGCCUUGAAUGCCGAAUGCUACGGACGCAAUCAUCGCGCCAACUGUCGCUGUCCCGCCGGCCUCGAGGGAGAUCCGUUCGUGCGCUGCCUGCGCCUCGAAUGCCACUCGGACUACGACUGUGCCUCGAACCUGGCCUGUCUGACCAACCAGUGUGUGGAUCCGUGCGGCCAGCAGAAUCCCUGCGCCCAGAACGCCAUCUGCCAGGCGCUGCAGCAUCGCGCCGUCUGCCGCUGUCCGGAGCAAAUGCCUCUGGGCAAUCCGUACGCCUACUGCGAGCGCCGACCCGUCGAGCCCGUGUGCCGCGAUGACGGCGACUGCCCCAGCGGCCUGGCCUGCAUCGAUGCCAAGUGCCAGAACCCGUGCACCGAACUCUCGCCCUGCGCCCGCACCGCCCAGUGCAGUGUCCUCGACAGUGUGCCAGUGCGAACCAUGGUCUGCGAGUGUCCCGAGUCCCAGGUGCCGGACGCCAGUGGCGAGUGCCGCCAACUGGUGCUGGCCAGUCCGCCGGGCUGUGAGAGCGACCAGGACUGCCCCGACCAGGAGGCGUGCAUCCAUCGCCAGUGCCGCAAUCCCUGCAACUGUGGCACCAAUGCCAUCUGCCAGGUGACCCAACAUCGCGCCGUUUGCAGCUGCCAGGAUGGCUUCGAGGGCAAUCCCUACGCCGCCUGCCGCUCGAUCGGCUGCCGCGUGGACGGGGAAUGCGAUUCGGGCAAGGCCUGCAUCAACGGCGACUGCAUCAAUCCCUGCCUGAUCAACGAUCCCUGCGGCCCCAAUGCCGAGUGCUUCGUGCAGUCGAACCACGCCCAGUGCCGCUGCCUCAGCGGCUACCGCGGCAAUCCCUACGAGCGCUGCCGCAUCAUCGGCUGCAGCAGCAACAACGACUGCCCCACGGACAAGACCUGCCAGAACGAGCAGUGCGUGAAUCCCUGCGUCUACCACAAUGCCUGUGCCCCGCGCGCCGAGUGCCGCCCCCAGAAUCACCUGGCCGUCUGUCGCUGUCCCGCCGACCAUGUCGGCAAUCCCUACGUGGACUGCCGCCCACAGCCACAGCCCGUCUGCGUGCUGGACACGGACUGCCCGUCGCGACAGGCCUGCAUCAGCGAACAGUGCGUGGAUCCCUGCCUCGUCCUGGAGCCCUGCCAACGCCCCGCCCAGUGCCAGGUGACGCCCACGUCCCCGGUACGCACCAUGAUCUGCAUCUGCCCGGACGGCUACAUCAGCAGCGGCAGCGGCAGCUGCAAGCCCACCACCGGCAUCGUCAAGGUGGGCGGCUGCAUCUCCGACUCUGACUGUGCCGCCGACAAGUCCUGCCUGAACGGCAUCUGCCGCGAUCCGUGCAACUGCGGCGUGAACGCCGAGUGCCGCAUCAAGGACCACAAGCCGGUGUGCACGUGUCGCCAGGGCUACGAGGGCAAUCCCGAGUUCGAGUGCGCCAAGAGCGAGUGCCACAUCAACGCGGACUGCCCCGGCACGCAUGCGUGCCGCAACCAACUCUGCGUGCCCGCCUGCCAGGGCGAACAGUGCGGCUCGAAUGCCCAGUGCCUGGCCAUCAACCAUCGGGCCGUGUGCGAGUGUGCGCCGGGACACGGUGGCAAUGCCCGUUUGGGCUGCACACCGCUCGGCUGCCGCACCGACGACGAGUGUCCCACGGACCGGGCGUGUGUGAACGGCAAGUGCAACGAUCCGUGCGCCACGACGGCCAUCUGCGGCCGCGACGAACUGUGCAAGGUGUACCAGCAUCGACCCCAAUGCGCCUGCCCGCCGGGCACUGUGCCCGGACGCAAUGGCUGCGAGACCGAACGGCAUGCGCCCAUCUGCAUCAGCGACGGGGACUGCCCCAGCCAGAGGGCCUGUCUGCGCGGAGAGUGCGUGAAUCCCUGCAAUGCCACACAGCCGUGCGGCGUGAAUGCCGAGUGCCGUGUGCGCGACACCCUGCCCGUACGCACCAUGAUCUGUGAGUGCCUCGAGGGCUACACCGGCAAUGCGGCGGUGCAGUGCGACAAGCGAUCGCUCUGCGUCAUCGAGAAGGGCUUCGUGCGCGACGUGGACGGGCAGUGUGUGUGCCCGCCGGGCACCGCGCUGGACAUUUACGAGUACUGCACCCCGUGCCAGGUGGAGCAGGGCUUCCGCAUCGACGAGAGCGGCCAUUGCGUGUGCGCGCUGGAGCGCGGCAUGGUCAUCGACGAGCGCGGACGCUGCACCUGUCCCAUUGAGCUGGGCUACCGGCUGACGCCACGAGGAGAGUGCCAGCCGGAGGAGCCGCCCGAGUGCACCACCAACGACCAGUGCGCGGACAAUCGCUACUGCAAUCUGGAUACCAAGACCUGCGAGGAUCCCUGCCUGACCAAGGUGUGCGGAGUGAAUGCCUUCUGCAAUGCCGUCAACCAUCGUGCCCAGUGCCAGUGCAUCACCGGCUACACGGGCAAUCCGGAGCUGCAUUGCAACCACACCAACUUCCGCACCGACUUCCCCAGGCCCGACAUGGUCGUCAGCUGCCUGGCCGAUGGCGUUCAAGUCGAGAUUCACAUCACGGAGCCCGGCUUCAAUGGGGUCCUGUACGUGAAGGGCCACAGCAAGGACGAGGACUGCCGUCGUGUGGUCAAUCUGAAUGGCGAGACGGUGCCACGCACCGAAAUCUUCCGCGUUCACUUCGGCAGCUGUGGCAUGCAGGCGGUCAAGGAUGUGGCCAGCUUUGUGCUGGUCAUCCAGAAGCAUCCCAAGCUGGUCACCUACAAGGCCCAGGCGUACAACAUCAAGUGCGUCUACCAGACGGGCGAGAAGAACGUCACGCUGGGCUUCAAUGUGUCCAUGCUGACGACAGCCGGCACCAUUGCCAACACCGGACCGCCGCCCAUCUGCCAGAUGCGCAUCAUCACCAACGAGGGCGAGGAGAUCAAUUCGGCCGAAAUCGGCGACAAUCUCAAGCUGCAAGUGGAUGUGGAGCCAGCCACUAUUUAUGGUGGCUUUGCUCGCUCCUGCAUUGCCAAGACCAUGGAGGAUAAUGUCCAGAACGAGUAUCUGGUCACGGACGAGAACGGCUGUGCCACGGACACGAGCAUCUUUGGCAACUGGGAAUACAAUCCGGACACCAACAGUCUGCUGGCCAGCUUCAAUGCCUUCAAGUUCCCCUCGAGCGACAACAUACGAUUCCAGUGCAACAUACGCGUCUGCUUCGGCCGCUGCCAGCCGGUCAAUUGUGGUGGCUACAAUGCCUUUGGGCGACGUCGCCGCUCCAUAGCCGACAACUCGAGCGACACGACUGCCAUUGCCACCAACUCGGGGGUUGAGGGUCAGCUGCGCGAGGAGAUAACCAUCUCAUCGAAUGCGAUUCUCACAUUCGAGAAGCGCAGCGGUCCAGGCCUCAAUGAUGCCAACAUCAAACCGGCGGCACAGCGAGUGGAGGAUAUAUGCGUAUCGAUGGUGGGACUGAUCAUUGCCUUGGUCAUCACGGCUCUAUUGGCACUUGUGGCCGUCGCCGUGGCCGUCUCCUGCUGGCUAAUGGCCUACAGAAGGCGACCCAAGACCAUAGCGCCCCUGCCACAUCCGCCAGAGUUCCCCAAUCCGCUCUUUGCCAAUCCCGACGCUGUGCCCGAGCCAACGCCGGACUACAUAUCCUAAACACUACACCGGACACAAAAACAAACACACACACCUAGCUAUAACACACCUUAGACGAUAAGAAAGAACAAAAAAACUACCAGAGAAAAAAAAGGGUAAUAUUUUCACAGAAUUUUAAAUUAAUGUGAAUAUUUGAAAGGCACGUGCAAAAAGUUCUGCAAAAUGCAAAACACAUCUAAUGAUAUCUCAAUGAAAAUGCGAAGAAUGAAUCAAA